AUGGCUUCUCCAAGGCACUUAGGUCGAGGGUCUGUGGACAUCACAAAUGUGAUGCAAAAACUGCAGGGUAAGUGUCACUUUUUUACUCAGCUGGCUCACAGGACAAAACAUUCUCUCCUCCUGCGCUGCUGCACUGUGGUAUAGUGCUGAUUCAAUGCCUGGGCUGUGUGCCCAUCUGAAGUUUGCCAGCUUCUGUAAAGCAGGAUGCUGCUCACGCAAAUGCUUACACACACACACACCCUCAGACACACUUACCCACACGGAAACAUUAAGCAUUCAGUUAGAAAACACUUAAUGUAAAUUAAACAGUUUUUGUCCUUAUAAGGGUUCAUGAUAAGUGAGGCACUGUCUGAUAAUGGUUUGUAUCCUCCAGUGUUUGCACUUAGUUUCACGAAAAAUACUUGCAUAGUAACAGUAUGCACAAAAGUUGCAAUGGUUAGACAUGUCUAUGAGAAUGUGAUCAGGCUGUUUGGAUUACUUGAAACUAUGUGAAAACCCCAAAAAUAUCUUGUUUUGGGAAAUUUGAUGUAAUUUGCACAUGGUGCCUUUGAUUUUUUCCCAGUAGCACAUAAUCUUGUUUGAGAUAAUGAGAAAAUUAAUGUUCUGUCAUGAAAUGUCUUGUGACCAACCAACCAAAAGAAAGAAAAAAAUAGGACACUUCACUGUUUGGCAGCCUAGAAAGGGGUUUUAAAUAAGUUACUUGGAGGAAUUUGAUGAAUACAACUAUGAGGCUUUUCUUGGAUUAGUUUGUCUUCACAGUUUCUGAUUUUCUGCGGUGAUUAGAAAACUAAAUCUGUUAUGGAGGGACGUGUUCUUUUUUCAAUCAUGCCAUUAUCACGGUAACAUCCUGUCUGAAUGCAGAGAGCUGCAAAGACACAACACAGAAAUAGUUGAAUCUUGAUUUGGUCACUUCUUAGAAGUUCAAGAUUUUAUCCGAGUCCUGAAUAAAGAGUUAUCUCCUUGAUUUGGUGGUUUCUUUGUAGAGCCAUCCAAAGCUUUACAACAUUUUGUCCAGUCUGAGUCUUGACAUGGGAUACUGGAUCACAUCAACUGUGGCUUGAUGAAUGCACAGACAGAGCACCGAACGAGACUAAAACCUGACACCCUUUCUGCCCUUGGUAAGAGAAUAGAUCGAUAGCCGGAGUCUCUCUUUGUAGGUAUCCCCCUUUUGUUACAAGGGCGUUAGGCUAUCACUACACACGUCUGGUAAAUUCUGGCAUCCGUUUUGAUUCAGUUAAAUUGUAUUUAAAGGUGUACAGCAUAUCAGGAAAUAGUUCAAGAUUUGGCUUGUUACCAUGGCAACCGUUAUGAAACAUCUGUCUGUGGUUGUGCCAGUGUUGGCCAGUUCCUGCCCUAGAGACUUUCAGUUUCCUGUGCAAAGCUAUUUCCAUUCAAUCUUUAUUAAUACAUACAGAUUGUGCGCAUAAUGAGUUUGAAGUAUGCUAUGACUAAGAAUGCCUGCAAUUUGGGUAUGAUCUCAUGUUGACAUCCUGACGUAAACUGGCUUUGAGUGAAUCAAAGUAAUUCAAGUGUCUCUAAAAAGGAGAGAUGUUUUAUCUUUUCCUUUUUGUAUAAUACAUCAAACCGAGAAAAAGAAAGCAUUCCAACCCAAAUUUAAUGAUUCAUAUCAAGUGUCAAAAAUCGAAUCGACUCAAAAAAUAAUCAGGCAGCUGUAAUACUGUAUGCAUAGAGGUGUGAUACAAAGUACCAGCUACUGUUGUGGGUUCAGAAUCUGAUGUCAUGUCACAUCUGGAAGACAUUAUUGUGUUAGUAGUUAUUGGUGCUCUGUAGAGGUUGUUUCUGCUGGUGGUCAAACUUGGCUUCCUGUCUUAAAAGAGUCCUGCAGAGAGACUUCAAACCCACUUCGACUAAGGCGACUGUCCAUGUGGAGGGAUGAAUUAAAGACGCCAGCUAAUUUGUAGCGCUGUGAAAAACAACUGGAUUAUCUUGUUAGUUUUGACAGCAUCGUGUUGAGAUUUUAAAGUGGAAGCCUCAAAAAGCUGUUGCAAUGAAAGGUUUCCACUUGUUGCUGUUACAUGGGUAUCUGUCUGUGUGAAUUUAGUACUGCAAGACUGAAGUAACAUCCUGCAGCCUUAAAUACCCUCAGGGUGUGACUGAUGUGUGUUAGCUGUCUGGAGAAGUGUGCAUGGCAAGCUCAUUGCUUUAUCAUGCCCGCGCUUUUGCGGGUUUCUUGUUGGUUUCAUUCUUGCUAAGGCUGUGUGUCAAACAGGAAAUGAUGAAAUGCAGCUGGUGUAAGGUUUGUGGAGACGUCAAUCAGAUCUAACGUCUCAGACUGACAGAGGAAAGCCCAUUAACGUGGAUCAUAUAUGCAGUCUUACAGAAUUCUUGUUUUUGAACAGAAACAAGACUAUACAUACUUCUAAUAUUAAAUAAAAAUCAGAUGAGACAUAUUGUACAGAUUUGUUGCGAAAAUGACAGUUUUUGAGCUGAUUGUGCUUUUCACUAACCCUGACUUUUUCAACCAAGCAAAAAACAAUCAGUUUAAUUGUACUGCAGAAUGUCAUUAAAUAGUUGUUUUGACAUCUUCAGCUGUUAUGAUUUUCCUGUCCAAACAAUCCAAAAAUAUGUAAUUGAAAAAUUAAUGAAAUUCAUGACAAGUGACUCAUCAGAAAUCCUUAAAGAGGCAGUAUGCAACGUUAACAUUUUUAGGUAGAAAAACACCGUCCUCUCCUAUUUUAAUACCUUUGUCACUCUUCCAGACAAGAUACCAGUACUGAAAUAAAAACCUGGGUGAUACCAAUACAGAUCAGAUACAAUACCAGACUAAAAUGAACAAGCUAAAUUUCUCUAUAUGAGGAUGAGACUGUGAAUUGUGUUUUGCAACAUUAGCCUAGUUCAACUCAGUAAACACAAAUAGAAAAAGUACGUAUAUAAAGCUAAUGCUCAAAACUGAACUAAUGUUAUAUAUUGAUGAAAUUGAUGUUGUGUUGCAAUUAUAAAUCCGUGGGGCACUGUUGGGACCUAGUGGCACCAGCGGUCUUUGUUGCAGUAAUCACUAGUUUCGACUCUCACCCACCUCCCCUCAUUUUCUAAAAAAAGGUACAACCAGCUUGUGGGUUCACCUCUCAUACCCAGACUGAUGAAUCAAACAACCUUUAGCGGCUUUCACAUUUUCAAACCAUCACUAGGAAGUUACUUAGGUCUUUGCAACACAGCUGAAAACACCACCUGCAUUGUGACAACUUCUGUUUUUGUUUGGAUGAACGUCUUUGAUAUGAUGAUGUUGGUUGGCUGCACUGGAGUUUUUGUAAUCAAGCAAAAUGUUUCUCCACUGCUGAACCUUUAAAGUUAGCUCCCUCUAUGCUACAUUAGCUCCUUGACUGGCAAAACUUUCUGCUGCACCAAUGAUGUAGUAUGAGUAGAUGUUUGCUAUAAACAAAGCUUUAAACUAAGAUGAACAGAUCAGCUCCAUGGAUUGGCUCUUUGCCACCAAUUCCUUGUUUAGGUUUUUGAGUUAGCGGUGAAUAUCUGAUUCCAGGGUUUGAUCAGUCUAUCAAACUUAUUAUCAUGCAAUCUGUCUGUUUGGUUUUAUGUUAGAAAAAUAACUUGAACAUUAAAUAAUCUUUAAAGAUGUUAAAUUAAUUUCAAUCACUCAUGUUAUCAGCUUCCAAGCACUCAAAUUUGUUUGCUUCUAUAGACUUCUGCUAAUUCUUCCAGUAGGAGUGCAAAAUUUCAUUUUUUAAAGACCACAGCCAACCACUGAGGUCGAGACAUCCAUUGUUAGGAAUCUAUUUUCAAACAAGAGGCCGGUGUAGUUACAUCACAGGUGAGAGAAAGAGAAGCUGGAUGCUGUCAGCUGUAAGAGAUGCUUCUACUCUACAGUGUCAGCGACAGCUGCCAGGAACAGACACUGAUACAGUCUCAUGAAGAGAGCCUCAUUCCCACGUUACUCAGAGCCAAGCAAACAGAGGCUGUUGUUUUAAGAUAGAUAUUUAAUUUUUUACGGCUCAGCUUAAUUUCCUUAUUUUUGGUGACGUAUGGUUUAGUGGGGAAAAAUCAUUCAGAAAGCAUAAAUCAAGACUGUCAAAGAGCCCUGAACGGACGGCUUCAGGAUCCUGUCUUGUUUGCGUGUUGAAGCUAAGUAGGGCUGCUCUUGACUAAAUGGAACAACAGCAGAGUGAAUGGGCUUUUACAGUGCUCCCAGGUGACCCACACAGGCCAGUGAAGCCAAGCACCUUUAGUGCAGUAUUGCCAAAGGUAUCAUCUGUCCUAAGAUCACCUUAAGUACUACAUUACUCAUGUGAAUAGCAGAGGCUUUAGUGGUUUGAUCCACUGUGUGGUGUUUGUUUCCAGGCUUUCCACUUUUAAUUGCCACUCAGCUGCUGGUGCUACAUCAGGCUUAAUUAAGUCAGUUGAUUCGGACAUAAUGACUCAGUGAUGGGGAGCCGUUUUACAUGAGGAUUUCAUGCUUGUCAGAGCUACAACAUUCAGGCCUGACCCACAAACAUUAUGUUCAAAGUAAAGGGUACAUAUGUGUUCAGGACUCUGGACAGCUCCUUAAUAGCUACAUGGAUCUUAAAAGGAACAGCUGGAAUAACAAGGGAACCUCUGUCUGUGUUUGGGCAAGUUUCAAAUGUGUGAAUUCUUUGGCACAUACAACCUCAGUCCCACACGCUUUACAGUGAAAGCACGGUACCUUUUUUUCACAGUGGAGCCAUUUUCUUUGCUUCUGGUGCAUCUUCAUUCACCAUAUCCCCAUUACCAACUUCAGGAGUUACACGUUAGUCGGCCUACAGUGGAUAUCCCAGAUUGAAGGUUUGAAUUAACCAAGCUAUGAUUAGAAUUAGACGCUCAGAAAGUCAAGCUGAUGUUGGAUUGUAUAUAAACAGAACAGCAGUUGAUUAGUAAUGCCUCAACCACUCUUCACUGUGUCGGCAAUCUUUUACAAAGAGAUAGAAUAAAAAGUUGCACCACAACAAUUAUUUCCACACAAAUGUUCCCAGAUGUAUUUUUUAAAAUUAAAAUAUUGUAGUAGCAUAUGUGACCAAAAUGUGCAUAUUUACAUUAUUUAGAUAUUUACUAGGACGUGGAGGUAUGUGUGGUCAACUUUUGAGACUUAUUGACUGAAGGUUUUUUUAUUGUUAUAUUAUAGUUAAAGCUGCUAUGAAGAAGUUUUUGUUUGUGUUGACUUUGGUGCCCCCUGUGGAUGAAGUGAUACUUCUCAUUACUUGUUCUGUAAAUAUAAAAAUAGUGUUUUCAGACUCCUUCUGCUGUCCACUUUCAAGUAUUUGACAUUGCCAAAAACAGAGUAAUACCUUAUCACUCUGCAUUGUUAGAAAAGCAGUGCUGAGAAAAGAAUGUCUGUAUUCCAUUCAUUUGCAUUCACAGCAAAUGUUUGCUUUGAAAAGAGCCACAUCUGUACUGCAGUGGGUGAUAGUAUCAUUCUGGGAUGCACCCACAAUCUCAGGGCUUUUAAAGCUUCUUUGAGGAACUUUUAGUCUGAAUUAAUUUUUGGUAUCUCCUGAGUAAAAAGCUGUAUCUUUUAUCUCUGUGUUGAUCAAGUAAUAUAAACUCAUUAUUUGACACCAUGCAAGGUGUCUGCCCUAGUUUUUAAACAUUCAAAUGAUAUCCAGCCACAGCUAUCUCUAGUGGAAACAAAAACAAAGGAUGUCCUUUUGCUGCAGGGCUUGGAAAAUGUAGCAUUGGGCGUUUAAUGCUGACCUUUUACCCUCCACUUUUGCUUACAGUUACAGGAACCUGAACCUGUCAGAAGGCACACCCUAACUGUCCAAAAUAAAGUAACAAUAACUGAGCAAACACAUGGUUUAUUCUCCAGAUAGGUGGGUGUUAAAUGAUUGAAAAUCACAUGAACUUGAUUUUAAUUUGUGCCAAACCUGUAAUCUGUAAUCCUGACCUUUUCUUGUUUGGAUUUAGCUUUCCAUGAACGUAAGCACCAAUUGUGGUAUUUUCUAAGGCUCUUUGUUCCAAGUGCUCACAGCUGUCAACAUGUUUUUAAUGCCCCUGCCUCUAACCUUUUGCUGUUUUGAUGUAAGAAAAAAAAAAAUCCAUUUUCACCCAAAUAGCUUUUCUGGGCCAGCUCCACCAGCGGUCUGUAGAGCAGUAUUAAUAGAAACACAAGCUCAGGCCUAUUUUUAGUGUAUCAGAAAAGCUUUUAGUCUGCUGGUGGUCUUAAAAGAAUGAAGGGAUUUUUCUGCAGGAGAUGCUAAACUAUGAAGUACAGCGCCGUACUUAUUUAUUAUUGUAUGUUUUUAGAUGAGUGUACAGAGAGAACAGACCAGUCAGAGCUAAAGUAGUUCAUCUAGGUCUUACAGGACAAAAAGGGAUAUGCUUCAAAGCUUUUACACAAAAUUGUGUGUGCAGCGGGAAUCCCAAGGUGGGUGUGUCUCCCUUUGUCGUCACAAUAGCAUUGGCAGUGAGAGGGAGCAGGUGGUAGAUGUCAUUCACCAGCCUCAGCAUUAAUUAUUAAGAUUUGUAGCACCAUGGUGAGCUUCAUGCAGCAGUCUUUUAAUCUUGUUCAGGCCUUCUUAAUCAAUGGGCCCAUGGGGACUUGAAUUGAUUAAACAGUCAGAUGAUAAAAGGAAUAAUUAGAGAAACUUUGAAAAUUCUAUAUUUUUUUGUAAUCACAGCCUCGGAGAUUGUUUUCAUUUUGAAAAUGUGUUAGUCCUAUUAAAGAUUAGACAAAUCUCAGAGGCAGACACCAUCCCCCUGCCCACCACACAUCCUCACAUGAAUCGGGAUAAUGCAGGCAGCCAGAGCAGUGACAUCACCGCCUCCUUCAUCCUGAUUGGUGGAGCCAUGCUUCUAACUGAUCUCUCCAGCCUCAGACGGUACGAUGAUACAGCCAGCAGUGCAGCGGGGGCUGUGCACAUCCAAACAGGCAUGGCUUCUCUGGAUGGAAAAAACACAGGAAGAUGGAAAGAUGGGGUUGUAAAUGACCCUGUCUGCUAGAGGUUUCUCCUCUGCUGCCUGCGUGUGUGUGUGUGCAUGUGUGUGAGCGUGUGUGCCUGUGUGUGAGAGUGUCAGGGAGGAGGGGACGAUUUCAUCCCAGCCUCCAGCAGCUCUUUUGCUUCCACCGGGGGAAACCAGGCAGCCAGAUCUGUUUUGCUUCCUGCUGGAGAGACUAGGGGAAAGGACAACUGUGUGAUUCUGUGCUUGUUUUCCCACUGUGGAUCUUUAUGCACCCUGGAACUCAUGAAAGGCAAAGGGAGAGAGCCCGAGAGUGGGUUGUAGAAUGGCUCACAUUAAGGAUGUAUCUGUCAGGAAGACUUCUUUAAAUCUGGUGACUGGAUUUUUUCAGUAUCUCCGUGGUAAGUAGGGCAGCAGCACCCUUCGUCUCUCAUCCGUGUGCACAUACGUAGCUAAUCUGGGAUAUAAAUAGAGAAAUAACAUAUGUGGAUUGUUUGUAGGUGAAUCCCUGCUACAUGAACUAGUUACAGUGUAAUAUACUGCACACACACAGAUGUAUGUGUGCUGCAUCUGUGUGUGUGGAUAUGUGUGGGCUAUGCUUCAGUGGGCAUCCCCUGUGCAUCAGUGAUGUAGCAUUUGCCUGUAGGUUAACAUCAAGUCUUUGCUCCUUGUAUAGUGUUCGCACUGCUUCUCGAAACACGUGACCACAGUCUAUAUCUCCAAGGGUGGGUGUUUAAAAAUGGCCACUGUGUGUGUAUGUGCAGUGUGCAGCACUUUCCUGCUGGCAUGCGUGACAGGGUGUUAGAAAUCAGUCCUCGACCCAACACCAGGACCACUAUGGGAGAAGAAAUCAAUUGUUUUGUUAUACAUGUUGCAUAAUGCAUGAAGCACUGUGCCUGAAUAUAUUAAAGCGACCACAAAAGAGGCUGGGAGUGACCCAAACAAUCACGCAUGUUAAUACUGAGCACAGCAACGGAUUGCAGCAUGUGUAGGCAGAAACUCUCCCUCCACUCAUUCUCUAAUCUCCUCAUAUGACCUCCUUCUGAAAGCUCUCCUCAGGAGAAUCUAGCAGGCUUGUGUUACCCACAUUGCAACAUCUAAUCUUUGCAGAAGUCCUACUCAGUGACAUGCUUGUUGCAGGGCUGCCGUAAUGCCCCUCACUAUCCCAGAAGCAGCGUAGAAUAAUGUGGUAUUAAGUCGGAUCAAGCAGGACUCAAGCAUGGGAACGUCCUACCAAAGCUGUCGGACUUUAGGUAGUGAUUAAUAUUUGAUGUGUUUUAUGCUGGCGUGGUAGCUAUAAAUUCGACCAUAUCUAUUUCAGGAAUCAAUUGGCUGCCACUUUACAGGGAGAACAAGUCUGCAAUCUCUGAUCAAGUUCCAAUGUGCAGGUGCAUCUUAACAAACUAGAAAAAUGAGUGAAAGUCCUGUAUGUUUGAUUCAAAAAGUCAAACGUUUGUUAUUCUAUACUCAAUAAAUGUAAAGUGAAACAUUUCAAGGCUUAUUUGUUUUGAUUUGGAUGAUAUUAGCUAAUGAAAACCAGAUAUCAAAUAUCUCAAAUCAUUACUUUAUCUCAUACAUUCAAUAAAAAACAUAAAUUUCCAACUUAUAAAAGUAUGUUCAUUGAUGCAAUCAGUAUUUGGUUAGGGCUCCUUUAGCAUCACCCAUAGAUUUAGGUCGGUUCAGAUGAGUAGGCUGGCCAAUCAAACACAUUAAUAUCAUGCGUAGUUAAAUAUUUGGUAGUAGUUUUGGUGCGGUUGGCAGGUGCUAAGUCCUACUUGAAAAGGAAAUGAGCAGUUCUACGAAACUUGUCAUCAGAUGCGAUAGUUGUUUCCUCUUUCCUGAAGACGUCUGUGCGUGGCGGCUCUUGAUGCAACAUCACCAGCUGCAGUCUACUCCUUGGGAAACUCAUCAAAGUUCCUCAGUCAACUCUUCUCAAUUACCUUCUCAAUCUCUGUUACUUGUGCACCAGUGACCUUUUCCUAGUCGGUUUUCCAUUUACCGUGCUUUUACCACUCUGCUUAGAGCCACCCUUUAAAGAAACUUUCUCUAACUAAUUGUCCUUGUUGAAGAUACUCAAAAUUGAAAUGGAAAAAUGCUUGUGAUAUUUAAGUAUAUUUUAUCUUCACUUUCUCAGACUGAUCGAAAAUCUUGAACUAGUAUAACCUGUUGAGAUGCACUUGUACACCUCUUUUUUUAAUGAAAUCUCCUCCCCCUCAAGUGUGAGUCUCAGGUCAAGAAGCCACCACCAUGUUUUCAUCUGUUCUCUGUGCUUUCAAUUCCAGAUGAGCAAGAGGCAGUGCAGAAGAGAACCUUCACAAAAUGGAUCAACUCUCAUUUAGCAAAGGUAAGUGUGGAUCUCCCCUCAUGCUCUCUGCUGCUGCUUCCACAUCACAUGCCUGGCAUAAAUCACCUGACGGCAGCUGGAGAUUUUACAAGCUCAUAUAAACACAAAUUGUCCAAGCAAUUACAACACAAGUGAGUUGGAAGCUGUGCCAUGUUGGCCUUCAUCAUCAGAGACACUUUGGCUGUUUUAUUGCUCGGCAUGAUUAUGCAGCUCCUCCUUGGUUAGUGGUAUUUCAGGCUACUGACCCGUCAUCCCUGCAGAGAGCGCUGACUAGAUGAUGAGCCAUGCUGUGCAACAGUAAUGGCCCCUAAUAACACUACACAAGAUGAUUGAAUUUAUCCGGUUAACUGAAAACAAUGGCAACAUUUGUUACUUAAGCGUUUAAAAUCAAAUCAUGUUUAAUGGAAGAUGGUUUGUUUAUGAUGACGAUUUGCUUAGUGUAAUGACGGAGAAGGAACACACCCUUUACCCAUGAGUCUACUGUUUCGUUUCCCUGAGAGGAGAAGCUCUGAAAAGGUCACGCCGCUCGCUGCUUUCCUGUAUAGAUGGCGCAGACAUGACAGAGAUAAGAGGCAGAGAUGUUUUAAGGGAGCUCACCAGUGCCAUUUGUACAAACAUGAGCUGCUGUAGUGUUAGAGAAGUGAGUUUAUGUGGGCAUAUGGGUGGUGAAAAGGAGUUAUUCAGAAACCGGUGUUUGAGCAUACUCCCUGUGUGUGAGUGUGUGGGCACUUAGUGUGUGUGUGGGUGUUUUGUUAUUCAGCUAAGUGUGUGUAUUUGUAGAAAGCAUGGCCAGGGACUGUGCUGAAGUGUGCAGAUGGAGAGCAAGAGGGUGAGGACAAAUCCCUGCAGGCAGUUGUCUGCUUCUAAUGCUCAUGCAUGUCAAUGACAAGGAGCUGAGCACACAACAAGAACACAUGCUCACAUGCUGCAUUACAUCCCACUGUGAGUCUUAAUUAACCAACUAUAUUUACCAGGGCUGAAAGGAAUGAGAGCGUUAACUGCUCAGUAACCUGUAGAUUAGCUGCACAAUUAAUUGGACACUUUUGGGGCCUAUAAAAUAAAAUGACAACUCCAAAACUGUUGAGCAGUGCUCCUGAAACCCCAUAAAGACUCUUAACUUAUUAACCAGAUUUUAACUUGACAAAUUGCAUAAAAUCUUCCGGGAAUUUAGAGGAAGUGAAUUUAUUUUUUUGUAUUUAGAAAAAAAACCGUUCCAAAAUACAUCAGUCAGAUUGAAUUUAAAGUGACAAUAUGAAUUGAUGUUUUACCUUAGCAUCAAUCAUCAACAAAUCUGUCAAAUGCUAUCCUAAGACACUUAACAAAAGGAGCGCUCUGUCAUGAUAUGUUGUAAUGUAUUUAUUUAGUUUCCCCCUGGUUUUGUGAUUUAAGUGUAUUUUCUUUGUGUUCUGUUUCUGUCCCCAAUUGUUCCUGUUCGCCUGUAGUCCUGUCUUGUGAGUUUUCAGUUAUGUCUGACCACGUUUCCCUCAUGUUUUCAGUGUUUUAUUCUAUUCUUAUAUUAGUUUUCAGUGUUCCUGUUUUAUUUUGUAGUAGUUUCUUCCCUGUGUUUCUAGUCUUGUUUUACUUCCUCAGUUUUCCCUCCUCUGUAAUUGUCUGCACCUGUGUCUCUGUGUCUCACCUGCCUCUCGUUGCUCGUUUCCCUGUGUGUGUGUAUAUAUAGUCCUUGUCUUCCCCUGUUUCUUGGUUGGUUCACUGUAUGUCUGUCUGUCUUUCUUUGUGUGUGAGUCUCCAUGUGAUUUUUUUCCCCCCUGUGCCUUUUUUAUUUUGUGGAUUUUGCUCCUUGUGUUUUUUUUUCAUUUGGGAUUUUGUAAAUAGUAAGUUUUUGUUGCUUCUUAUUUAGUUCUUUUUUAAUAUAUCCUUUUUUUUCCGUCCUGCAUUUGGGUCUUUUUCUUUGUUUAACCCUGCAAGUGUGACACCAUCUUUGUUGUAAGUUACACAAACCCAAAGUUAAUCUACCAGGAGAAAAACACUUAAAACAUCCUUUUAUCAGGUUGACACCUCAAGCUUUGACACUCUGUCAUAUUUUCUUCUUGUAAUCAUUUAAGACACUGAGAGAGAGACUGGGAUUAAUCUCAAGAUUUAUGUACAAGUUCAUCAUACAGUUUAUUAUAAUUAUUUGUAAACUCAUAUGCCUAAUUACAAGAAUUUGUGCCCUGACUGACAGAAACUUUAAGGUUUUAUAGUAUCAGACACAUAUCUGUUCAACUCUUUAAAAUUCAGAGCGAGCUGCUGAGAGCUGAGUGAUCUCUUUCUGUUUGUAACGACUGAUGACACAGCAGAGCGUUCAGCUGGUCAGAGAUCACUGCAUGGUUGGAGUCUGUAACCAAGCAAAGAGAUUUAGUUUGGAGCAAUCUUUUGUUGAGCCUGAUCUGCGAGCAUUAGUUCAAAGAGUGGCUUCUUAAACUUGAAAAGAAUCUCAGUUAUGUGGUGGGCCAGCGCAGAGACGCUCUGUGGGUCUAUUCUUCAUUAUUCAUGCACUCAACUCGAGCUCACUCGCUGUGCAUACCAAUGAGAUUAAUGUAGAAUAAGCCACGUCAUGUUGGGGCUCCCAAAUGAUCAUAUUUACCCUCCUGAGUGAGCCAGAUGAGCUUAUUUAACAGGAGAUUUUAUAUUGAUGUGAGUUUUCUUAUCAGUGCAGAAAUUUGGAAAUUUAGACAUUUGGAAAAGCUUUCUGUCUUCGUGUGAAUUGAAUAAUGUCCUGUUUGGGAGCUCUUUUUGAAGUCUGAAAGUGAGUGUUAUCACAGUUCAAACUUCCUCCACUCGUCACUCAUCACUUUUUCCCUCUAGCCUUUGUGUCAGUUUCCUCUGAUAGUGUAUAAGUAAGCACAUUUCCACAGAUUUUCACAGUUUUUCCACUGUUAUGAGCUCUCAUGUGACUCUGUUGUAAAGUUAGUUAAUGAAUUUUCCUAGGGUGUGGAUCAUUUCGUUAUUAGACAACUCCUUUUUUGUCUGAAUACACUUUUUAGCAGUUUGAUUGGAAUAUUUAGAAGUAAUUUUCUGUUUAAAAUAGUUUAUCUGAAACGACAGGUAUGACCCUUUUUUCCCAGUUUUGGUCAAGCAGCUCAGGUUUUUAAAACUAGUAUGUUUUAUUUCACUUUAAUCAGCGCUUACAAUGACAAAUCCUCUACAAUGUUUUUGUGAGCAGAAGAAGAAAGGUGCACAUGUACAGAAUAACAGGGCAGACGCUCGCCUCUUCACACUGCUUUGCCCCAAAUCGUCCGCCAACAGCAUCCUGUCAUGGAAUAUGUCGAGUUGUGAAAUGGCCUGUCUGUGGUGCCAAAUCAAGAAUUCCCAUGCUGAGCUUUCCCUUUAAUCGAACCUCCACUCCAGCAAAUAGAUACACAUCUGUUUCCUUUACUCGUGCAGCAACCCCUGCGUCACACUGUAGGUUAUGAUACGCUCAUUCAUCUGAUUCUAGUGCUCUGUAAAUAUGUGCUUAUUAUGUCAAGAGACGGCUUCCAGUUCGGGUUAAAAGUGUACCAUCGCCUCAGGUCUGGGCACAGAGCCACUGCCGAGAAAAAGGCACCAUCUUUUCAGCUGCAGGGAGGCUCUGUGGCUGUUGCUAACAAGCCUGUUUCCCACAAACAACAUUUGGUUUCUCCUCAUGUCUGCUAAUGGGUUAGAAUACCAGUACCCUCUUAGAUUGUAGCACUGCCACUGUGACAUUUCUGCCUCUGUGAGUAACUAGAUUAAUUUGUUAUUAUCAGAGAUGCAAUUUGUUGAUAAGUGUCAGUGCAGUUAAAACAGUUUUUUCUCUCUUUUUCAGUACAAACCACCACUAGAGGUUAACGACCUUUUCGAGGACAUCAAGGAUGGGGUGAAGCUCUUGGCUUUGUUGGAGGUUCUGUCUGGCCAGAGACUAGUAAGUCCUAUAUCUGAUUUUUGACUUUCAGCAUGGCUUUUUGAGACAUGUCGGAUUUCAUUCAAACCAUGAAGCUGUUCGAGGUGCAGUUACACAAAUUGAGAUUUACUUAAAGAGGAGAAACACCUUGUAUGAAAUUUGGUUGAAUAAAUGAGGUCCAUAACGCCUGAUGGUUCCUUUUGUUUAUAUAAAAACAAGACGUGAACAGAUUAGCAUCAUGGCUAGCAUUAGUUAGUGUAACUUUUUGUGCAUGUCUGGGCUGUGCUGUUUGCUGCUCUUUAUAGUUUAUACAUUAUUUAUCAAGACAUUUCCAUACACUAUGCUGGCAGACCAACUGUUAUCUGUUAACAUUUGUCAUCUGGUGUCUGGCAAUGAAACGACCCUCAUAAUUCACCUAAUACAUGUAUUUGUUGGGCUGCAUGAUUAUUUAUUUUUGGACCCCACUGGCCCCAAACAUUUGGUCAAAUACAGCAUCAAAUAGUAUAACAGAAAAAACUAUGACGAUAAUACAGCUAACCUUAAGUUUUUUUACUCGUCAUAGAGUUUAUUCACAGUGCACUUUCAUGUACUGUAUAUAUACUGAGUAUUAUCCCCAGAUAAUGAAUGUACCCUAUUGGACAGUAUUCUGUCUAUAAUUCAAACACUUUCCAGUUAGCCAGGCAAUUGCUAGCUCACUCUCACUUUUUAUCACUCAUUGUAGCUUUACUCUUUGCUCACUCUGCCCCUCUGCUUUACCAACACACACCUUGUCAUCUCACUCUCUGCUUUGCUGCAGAUAUGUUUCAUCUCUUAGUUUCAGAAAAUUUCGAAAGGUUGCAUCAUUGACUUUAACAACGUCAGCACACCUGCUGUCACAAGAGGCACAAGGGUUCAUUUUUAAAAUGUGGGUUUUCUCAUUACAGUGACUUUAAAUUAAACUGCUGAUGACUGUUAUAAACAGAGCAGACACGUGAUAUUUGAGAGAAUUGGGGAGGAGAUCUCUGAGUGGUGCAGUGAUCAAAUAUUGAUAUCAGAUGGGAAAUGUACUGACCGUAGAUAACACAAUAUAUAAACUGCAGUGAAUCAAAAGGGCUCAACCACAUAGAGCUUUCUUUUGGUGGAGCCGAAUAUCAGUGAUCUCCAUCAGUCGUGUUUCUUUUUUUUAAUUGUGCAGCAUGAUUCAGUGCUUAGAUAAGUAAAGCAGCUGACUAUUAAUUGACUUAAUCUAUUUCUACAAUUUUUGCAGAACUGUUUUUUGACUUUUGAUUUAUUUGUUGUGUUACAUGUUGAACUUCAUCAAAACCCUGUUUGAAGGUCACACAUCAGUCAUGUCUUUGAAAUAAAACAAAAACAAAAACAGAUCCUCAUAUUCUCUAUUUUCAUCUUACAUAACCGAGACAUCACAAGUUUGGAGCGAAUCUUUGUUAGUCCCAUUACAUGCCGGAUCACUGCACAAAAAUUGCAGAGCCAUGAUCAGAUCUAAGCCGUCCCGCUGUGAGAAGCUGCUGGCUCAACUGUCUCUGUUUCUCUCCCUCUCAGCUUUAUACACACACACACAGAGAAAAAAACACUCUGAUAGGGAUUUAGUAAUCAGAACUGUCUUGAAACAAACUGAUUCGUCGUCUGCAAAGCUGGUGCUCGGGAAAUGAGUCAGUGCUUCAGCUGCCUGGUGCUGUCAGGAGUUCACCCCUGCUGGUUCAUUUCUGCCUGAAAUUCGACAUCCACAGUCCUCACCAGAGACGUUUUAUUUUUCUGUGAAAGGUUUUACUUUCUCUCUUAAAUCAGCUUUGGCACUCAUCUGUUAAUUUAUGUAAGUAAAGCCCUGCUAAUACUCCAUGUCCAGUUGUCCUAUCUUUCUCCACAGCUAGAAGUAAACAUUAUUAACACUUUAAUUUCCUAAUAUGUUUCCAAGCUGGAAAAUGUUGAAUGAAGACUUCCUCAGCUUUGCAUUAUACGGCGAGCUUAAUUGUCUCUCUUGUCUGUAGCCCCGUGAACAAGGCCGCCAGCUGAAGAGGAUCCACUGGGUUUCGAACAUCGGCACUGCGCUCAAAUUCCUCGAAGGCAGAAAGGUAAGCAAUCGGCCAUCGAAGCAUUCUGACUUUUAGCAUGCCAUUCAUUUCCACAAUCAAAGUGUCACAUAAUGAAAACCGUAGUAAAAGCUGAGAGUAUGCAGUGAUUAAGUGCUCAUGUGCAAAGUUGUUGAGCAGAUAUUUUUAAGUGCAAAUGAGGUCUCAGUGUGAGUACAACAUGCACCGUGUUGAGAGGAGCCGCAGAUAGAGACAGGACUUCUUCAUUACAUAACCCAUCUCUGAAUCUUUGGCUCUGUAAAGCCCGUGUCCCACUUUUCCGCGGGUUCCCCGAGGACUGAGACUUACACUGUUGUGAUCUCUCUCCCAUCAUGUGUGCCCUCAGUCUGUGUAUCGAGGAUCUCCGGUCAGUCGCCAUUUAACGCCCUGUGUGAUCAUAAACUGUAUGCAUUCUUUUUAUUUGAUGCACGCUGUGUACUGAACCACGCUUGGAUACAGCCUUUCUGUUUCUGAAAACCUAGUCAUUACGCUUUUUCUACUGACAUGCAUUUUGAUGCAUUUUGACUACAGCACUGGUUAAUGACGUGUCUGGCUCCCUAUUAUUCUGAGCUGCUCUAAUCUAGGGAUGUAAACAUGGUGAAUUGUGAAGCUAGGUUUGCAGUGCUGUGCCACCUCUGCUUUUCAUUUAAUGCCUAGUUGAACUCAAGUGCCUUGUCUUUUCUUUUAUUAUUCUGGUUCUCUUUCACACGCUGUUUCUGCUUUCCUGUUUUGGCUGUUUGACAUUACUGAAAUGCAUCAAAGACCUGACUUUGAUGAGUUUGAGCAAGAAGAAAAAAAAAGGAGCUUGCAACAUUUGGACAGAGUGAAACUGGAGGGGCUUCUGUUGGGUGAAAAUGCACAAGACUUGCACCUCCAGACUGCCUGUAUGUGACUUAUUCCUGGAAUAAUCCUCUGCUUGGCUUGUGUUCCAGAUCAAACUCGUUAACAUUCACGCCACAGACAUCGCAGAUGGGCGACCAUCAAUUGUCCUUGGGCUGAUAUGGACCAUUAUCCUCUACUUCCAGGUAACGCCAAAAUCCUGAGAGUUUAAUUACUUUGCUCACUCCUCUGUGAGAGGAUACCCUGCAGAUAAACCCUGCACUUUACAAAAUCUUGGACUUUAGGACUCAAAAAUUGAUGCCUUCUUCCUAAAAUGCUGUGAUCACCGCUAAACCCUCUUCUUCUCUUGUUUUGCUCAUCCUCAAUUUAGAUUGAAGAGUUGACCAGCAACUUGCCAGCCCUCCAGGCCCUGUCCAACAGCAACUCCUCUGUCGAGAGUGUAGCCAGCUCUGAAACGGGAAGCCCUCCCAUGAAGAGAAAGGUGGUGAACAAAUUUCAGGGCAAUGCCAAGAAGGCGCUGCUCAGAUGGGUGCAGUGCACAGCAGCCAGGUACGCCUGUUUUUAAAAAUGUGUUAAUGUGAGACAUAGAGGGAAACUCUUACAACUUCGUGAAUAACAAAGCCUACGUUCCUGUUUUUGUCAGGGAUCAUGGUAUUGAGGUGAAGGACUUCGGCCCCAGCUGGCGUGAUGGCGUUGCGUUCCAGUCUGUGGUUCACGCCAUCAGACCAGACCUGGUUGACAUGGAAGUGGUGAAGAGGAGGAGCAACAGAGAGAAUUUGGAGGAAGCCUUCACUCUUGCAGAAAACGAGCUGGGUAUCCCCCGUCUGCUGGAUCCAGAAGGUACCCUUGACCUUUCCUGCCACUUGAAGAGUUCAGUGUAGAAAAGAUAGCAUAAACAACAGUUUUAAGUAGGUGAGUCUAACCAAGCAGCAAGUAUUAGACAUACAUAAGAUUCGUGAGGGCUGUAGAAAUCCCUGACAUCUCCAGGAGGAUUAAAAUUCUGUGUGCACUUGUGGCUGAGAGAAGUGAAGCAGUCUGCAGUGACUCUGCAGUCCUGUCUUCACCGGCAGAGUCAUGAUGUUUUAUUGCAAGAGGAUCUGCACUGAAACGGCUCUGCUUGUGCGAGAGUUUGACCCUGAAUCGUGGCAGCAUCAGGCCAAGAAUGGAGAUGAAAGUAGACAUUUCUAAUUAGCUGCCAUGACGGGAGAGAUUUAUCCCCCUGAGGAUGUAAAAUACUUUUCUUUUCACAUGUCUUAUUAGCUGAGCACUUCAUGUUUCAGCUCCGUCUUACUGGGUCCUGAUUUCUUAAUUUAUGAGUCCAUCUUUGAAGUAACAUGCCUGUCACCCUGCAGAUGUGGAUGUCGACAAGCCAGAUGAGAAAUCUAUCAUGACGUAUGUGGCACAGUUCCUCAAGCACUACCCGAAUCCUCAUCACUCUGAGACCGAUGGACAACACGACGAGGUAUUUGUUUAAAGUUAUGAUUUAAUAUGUUAAAUAAAUCAUUUGAAGUAAUAAAUCAGGCUAUUUCUGGGAAAAGUGUUGCUAUUGCUCAAUUUUCUCUGGAAUUUUUUAGGUUUGAUUUAUUUCUUCCAUUCUAAUUUCCCUAAAAUAGUCUCAUAAUUAAUAGAAAAUGACCACAUGCAGAGAUCAUAAGUGUUUUUACAUAAAUCACGCCUUCAUUGCUGCUUGGCUUAAUCAUCAUUGUGCUUGCAUUUUUUAUGAUUUAUCACAUAAAGCCACACGAAUUGAGAUAAUCACAGCAUGAGCACAGCGGUAAUAAAGUCAUCCACAUUUUGUUCACCAUCUUUACAUUCAUUUGAUUUCUCCAUCUACUUAUUUUCUUUGUGCACAUUAAGCUGCUUCUUGGCUCAAUUCCAACUUUUGCACUUUCAGUGCCGGUACUUAAGGUGAGAGUUCAGGUCAUACUGCUGCAUGCUUCCUGUUUGGAGUGUUUUUUUUUUUUCCUCCCUCGACCUCAUUCCGCUCCCAUCCACUUUGCUCUCCACUCCCUCCCUCUCUCUCUCUUUCUAUUUCUAAUGCCUUUUGUGGUGUGCUUGCAUCUUUUUGUAUGCCUUGCUGCUUUCCUGGAUAGUUUGGUGCCCAAGAUAUAGAGCAAAUGCUUGAGGUAUGUUUCACUCAACAGUCUGAACAAAAGAGACACCCCUGUCUUUCUGCUGUACUUUUAACACUCAAUGAAGUAUUAACAACCCUAACUGUGCGAUUUGUUUUUUGUGAACUCGUCUGAUACUGGCAUGCUAGAUUAAUAGCAGGACAACCAGUUUGUACCUGUGAAUCUAAGCUGCGUCUUUCUGACUGUGACAGAGAGAGGAGAGGAAGAUGCUGAGAGAGCUGAAGGUGUUUUUAGACCAGCUGGAGAGAGAUGUGCUGCGGGCUCAGGGAGCAGAGGGAAACCUCACUGACAAAUACCAGGUGAGUCAGGCCUGCAAAGACUGAGCGCACUGUUACGUAACAUUGUGCUCUGACAAAGAAAUUUAUCUCUCUUUCCCGUUUCUAUUUUCGCAGGCAUUUAAGAGCUUCCGUGUACAGUAUGAAAUAAAGAAAAAGCAGACAGAUCCGCUGCUUCAGCCCGUCAGCAGAGACGGCAAGCUCUCUGUGGACCAGGCUCUGGUCAAACAGGCGUGGGACCGCGUGUCUGCCCGGGUAAUUGCACUGCAUACUUCUGUACAUCAUGAAUAAUUCAUAACUCAGCCACAAAGACAACAGAAUUAAUUACGAUAAUUAAUCAUUUUUAAUUGAGACAAACCUAAGAAUAAAUGAUAGAUCGCCUUUUUGCUUUAUUUAUUAUGUUUUCCUCGGCUUAAAAACUGCAUCUCUGUUUUGACACUCAUCGUAUUAUGACUUACACUCCAUUGAGAGCUCCUCUCCUCACUGGCUGCCAGUGAAUGUUCAGGGGGGUUGCGAGCUUUUGAAUCAGAGUUUGUUCAGAGAGGAGGAGAGGGAAACAGAGGACGUUUUGUUCAUCGGGCACUCUGCCUCUCUGAACUUGUCUAGACUGGCAUGAAACCCUUUUGUGGCCCGAACGCUUGUGAACAUGUGGAAAUGUUUUGACCAGCAUCCCCUCCUCUAUGGCAGGAUCUUGUUUUGGUAGAGUGGGGUUUUUAAUGGUUGUCAAUUGCAGCUGCUGGACUGGCACAUCCAUCUGGACAAGUCCCUGCCUGGUCCUCUGGGAGUGAUUGGAGCUUGGCUUCACAGGGCAGAGAUGGCCCUGAGAGAGGACAUUCCUGCCCAACACGCUCAUGAAGAGACGGCCAAUGUUCUCCACAGAAAGCUGGAGCAGCACAAGGUAACACAGCCAAUCUUUGGUGUUCAGUGUCUCAGAUUAUAAGGGCUAACACAUGGCUUUAAAAGGCGAUUAUAUUUUGUAGGAGGUGUUAAAAAACCUGGAACUGCACAGACAACCCUUCCAGCAGAUCCACAGGGACAGAUCAGUGAAUGGGGUACCUGUCCCACCUGACCAGCUCCAAGACAUGGCUGAACGGUAAGACGUUUGCCUGAGUUAUAACCUGAACAUAAGUGUAAGUUCAGGCAGGCUGAAAAGUUCAACUCAGCCCACAAUACAUCAGCUAAUCUUAGGUAGUUUGUUUGGUCCUCCGUGCAACAAUAUAAAGAUUUGUAUAUGUCUGUUUAAUCUGCAGGUUCAACUUUGUGUCUACGUCAUCACACGCUCACUUGAUAAAAAUGGAAUUCUGGGAAAUGAAGUACCGACUGAUGGCGUUCCUUGUGUUGGCUGAGUCUAAGCUCAAGUCCUGGAUCAUCAAAUAUGGCAGACGGGACUCAGUUGAACUGCUGUUGCAAACCUACCUUGUAAGUACACAGAAAUUAUGUGGCAGUAUGAGUUACACGGUGACACUUUCUCUAUCAAAACUACAGCUGUAUUUAGUUUGCAUGUUUUUUCUAUUUCAGACUUUUGUAGAGGGCCACAGGUUCUUUGAGCAGUAUGAGAUCAUCUACACAGGCCUCAAGCAAGCUGCAGAGGUCUACGUCAAGUCUGAGAGUUCAAGUAAGACUCUAUUCUGUUUGAUUUCUAACAUUUAGACUAUCUAAUUAUAAAUACAUAUGUUAUAAUGUAGUCUUAUUAUUGAUUUCAUGUUACAGGGUCUAAGACCUGUAACAAAGGUAAGUCCAAAUAGUCUGACAAUCCUCAAAUCCUGAUCUCUGCCUGUCUCCUGAGCCAUUUCUUCUUGUAAUGUGGGACCGCAUUUUUUCUUUCUAACAUACUUUCAAUCCCCAGAACUGAGAAAUCAUAAUACUGCAUUUUGCAUGACAAAGCAACGAUAAUUUCAUUAGCUGGAAUGCUGUUUUAGCACGAUCAGACCCUAACAUGCUGGAGCUUCAACCACAUGGCCACUCAAUCAGCAGACAUGAUCAAAAGCUGCACGGGCGACGCCCACGUUGGCUUUAACAAAACUAAUUUGAUCCUGUGUUUUGUACUUUCAGUCGAUGAAGCAGAGGGGGUAAGUAAGUUUCUCAGUGAGGCCACAGCUCAGUGGAAGAACCUGGCUCUGGAGGUGCGGAGUGUCCGCAGCAUGCUGGAGGAAGUCAUCUCUAACUGGGAGAAGUACAGCAGCACGGUGGCAGCUCUGCAGGCGUGGCUAGAGGAUGCUGAGCAGAUGCUAAACCAUUCAGAAAAUGCCAAACGUGUAAGUGCACCAACACAUAGUAAAAACACACAACUACUGGAUUAUAUCUUGUAAAUAUCGGAGACUGUGAACGGCUGGAGAGUGUGCUCCCAUUGUGAUGCAUCGUUACAGUCUCUCUUUUCUUUCUUUCUUCUUACAGGAUUUCUUCAGAAACCUCUCUCACUGGGUGCAGCAGCACAUGGGCAUGAACGACGCCGGAAACUUCCUCAUUGAGACCUGCGACGAUACAGUUUCACGAGAGCUAAAGCAGCAGCUCCUCCUCCUGAACGGGAGAUGGAGGGAGCUGUUUGUCAAAGUCAAACAUGUAAAUACAACAUUCUUUUGAACAUGAAGAAAAUACGACAAAGGUACUUGUGUUACAUUAGCUAUUUACUGUCCCAUUCACAGUAUGCAAGAGCAGAUGAGGUAGAUAAGCUGAGGCAAGACUACCAGGAUGGGAUCAAUACCCUCAAAAUGUUCAUGGAUGCAACCAAUGAGAAGAUGACUGCCCCUGUCCAAGUAUCCUUCCUGAACGUCAGAACCUUCGCUCAGGAUGUCGAGGUAAACAGUCAAGAAUAUAUUCCUCUUUAGAUUGAGUUUUAUCUCUUGUGUACAAAAUAAAUCAUUCGAGUAUUAUUCCUGUCUCGCUGUAGGAAAUCAAACACAAAGUGCCAGCUAUGGAAGCCGCCUGUAAGGCAGCCAGCCGGACCGCUCAGCUGUUGACCAAAGACACUCCGCAGGAGGAAGUUUCACAGAUGAUGGAAGUGAUGGCGUCUAUCAAAGAGCAGCUGGGCAAGGUGAGUACAUGCUGUCACUAUACCCAUAAGACUAGGGUUAAAGACCAAAACCUGGCUCUAGUAAGGACCUAGUUGUGCAUUUUUCAAAUCCCAGAAAUCAUGUGUGGCUUUUCAGUCCUGCGAUUAAGUCUUGUUUGCAUGGUUGAUCAUUUAAGAGAUCUUAAGUUUGGUUUAAGAACAAAACCUUUGAGUGUUUUGGGUUGAGAAAACUGUCAACAUUUGGUCGGUCCAUCUGUAGUAGAGUCAUCCUCCUCUGCUCAGAGCAGCUGAGGUAAUGGUCACUGAACUCUUCAGCAAAAAUUGUCCAAUGUUGAAAUUUUUAAAUGCCAUAUAUUUUCACAUUAGCUGCAGAAAAAUCACUGAAAAGAUGCAACACUUUUUUCUGUCAUAGAAAUAUCUUUAAUUAACUUUACUUUCUAUGAAAAGGUAAGGGAGAGAUGUUUACCUCUGCUGAGGGAGUCCCAGUCGCUGUUACCUCCAUUAGAGGAAAUGGAGAAAAACAUAACGGGCUUCUACCAGGCUCUGGAGAAAGCCAGUCAUAUCACCAGCACCACCGACUCUGAAGGGCCUGUGGACUUUAAGCAGAAAUGUCAGGUAAGUACUUUAGUUUCAGACUGGUACAGUGCCAAUUUUGCUGAAUGACUUUUAAAUACAAAGAGGAGGAAUUCUACUGCGAAAGUAUUAAAAGCCUCCCAGAUGCGAAUAAAUGGCCGACACCCUGUUUGUCAUUGAAUGCUGCAGGAGCUGGCGACCUUCACACACAGCUGUAAGAAGUGUCUGACAGCAAUAGAGAAAAACCACCAGACCAUCCAGAAAAUAAUGAACAGCAGUAAAACCCUGGAGCACAUGGACAUGAGCCUUCUGCAGAAAAGAGUAUCAGACCUGCAGUCCUCCUCCCAGGUACAGAAAAUGUCAAGGCUCGUUUUAAGGUCGACUUAACUUUUAAAUCUGUUUUAGUAUUAAACACCGCCUUUUUGCGUUUCUAGGCCAUGAUUAAAGAAUCUACAGAGUGGAGGAGGCACGUGGAGGCAAACAGCAGCCUCAUGAAGAGGUUCGAUGAGUCACGGGUCGAGCUGGAGAAGGUUCUUAAAAUGGCACAGAACUGUCUGACAGAAAGAGGCAACCCAGAGGAGCUGCUCAAGAAACACACUGUAAGAAAUUAGGCUCUCUGCAGAACCGAGGACACGCUAACCUUCAUGCUCUUAGCACAGCUUUAUUUUGUGCAUGUAUGCUUCAAACACAGAAUAAAAGAGAUUAAUUUUAAUAAGAUUGUCCUGAUCGAAUAACAAACAUGACACAUGACUUUUGUAGGAGUUCUUCGGUCAGCUGGACCAGAGGGUUUUGAAUUCGUUCCUCAAGGCCUGUGAUGAGCUCACAGACAUUUUGCCUGAGCAGGAGCAGCAGUCGCUCCAAGAAACAGUCAGAAAGCUGCACAAACACUGGAAGGUUGGUACCACAGCUGACAGGAUCACCAUUGAUUCUUAAAGCUGGAGAGAGUAUGGUGUAUAUAUCUGUAUAUAUCUAACCCCCUACAUGCAAAUAUGCAUCCAUUGUUUAACACGUCUGGUGAAAACUCUGUGUUAUUAUGCAUAAAAAUGUGUUUGUGUAAGCUUUUACAUAUAAAAUGAUGCAUUUUAAACAUGCUGUGUAAUUAACUGUAUAAAUAAAUAGGAUGUUUGCAUCAUUUGUUUCAAAGCUCUGUAAAUACGGCUUCAUUUUUAAGCUUAAAAUAAUAAAUAUCACUCAGUAAUAGAUAUUUUAAAUUUGACGCAUGAAUAUCCCAAGUCUUCUCACUAAUAUUUGCAUGUCUCCUUUCCCAGGAUAUUCAGACAGACUCCCCCUUCCACCUGUUGCAUCUCAAAGUGGAGGUGGAGAGGAGCAAGCUGAUGGUGUUGCUGCAGGAGUGUCAGGCGGAGGUGACCAGGGAGAACCGCCACCUGGCCAGCAUGGGAAGCGAGAGACUCAUCAAGGAGCACAGGGUGAGCGCUGAGAGGCUGGCUGAGUUUCAUGCAUCGAUUGACUCAGUGUGAAAUAAUUCAAUACAAAUUCGCUGCUGUGCAGCAGCGUGGGGGGAUUUCGAUGAACAUGAUACAAAAAGUACAAAAGCUUGAAUAUUGAGAAAAUGCUGUAAGCUAUCCUGUUAUAAUGUUGUCUACUUUUCAAACAACUUUUUGAUCAUUUUUGAUCUACUUCAGGCCUUCUUUAGGGAAAAAGGCCCUCAGUCCAUCUGUGAGAAAAGACUGCAGCUGAUGGAGGAACUUUGCCAAAAACUUCCUGAGGGGGACCCUGUCCACCAGACCCUGGAAGCAGCGAGGAGGGACUACGCUGAUGUCCGAGAGGAAAUCGAGAACACCCAUCAGAAACUACUGCAGCAUCAAGACAAAUGGAAAGACUACCAUGCAAGGUUCAAUAUUCCCCUCUUUCAGUGGCAGCAGAGUCAAUGCGUGAUAGACAGGGACAUAUCAGGAGUACAGAGUGGGAUGCAAUCUUGUUGUUGGAAAACACACAGCUGCAUUGUUCAUUGACCAGGCAGCAUCCUGCAUUCAUUACAUACCCAAAGUAAUCACAUUUAAAUUCUUUUAUUCACAUGAGAUGAUGAGAGAGAGGUCUGAGCUGAAUUUUCAACAAUAGAUAAUGAAUACAAAGUUUAACCACUGCAGCAGGAGUGAAGACUCGUUAUUAUGCUGGAUGUUGUGUCUCCGUGGUUAAUGCAUGCAAAUAGUGUCACCAAAGCAGUAAACAUAAGGAAACCUGACCCUGCCCUGAUGUGUAAUUACAUUUCCUCUCCCUUGUUUCCAGAUCAGAUCUAAUCUGAGUGAUGGGAAAUGGAAAAUAUUAUGAAUACUGUCGGCAGACAAUUAUUUUUAAUUUGAAAUACAACUUAUUUGACACUGCACUGUUGCUGGAUGGUUCAACUGUAUUUUAGCCUGUCUUUUUAAUCUGUUUUACUAUGUCUUUGUAAUGUGUUUUUAUUCCAUUUCCUACUGUUUUGUGUCUAUGAGUGACAUGAGAAGUGUUAUUUAAUUUAAAUGUUUUAUUACUAUUAUUAUAAUGAUGGCAAAUCAGACAAUGUUUUUUUUUCUCUCUCUCUGCUCUGAAACAGGUACGCUGAACUUUCCUGCUGGCUCAUUUCUAAAGAGAGCCAGCUGAGACUGCUGAGAAACCGAGCCAAUGACCCCAGAAAGUACAGCCAGGUGAAGACAACCAUCAUGGUGAGUCUGUCCUCACCCCUCAGAGCCCGGCCAUCCUCUGAAACUCCUGUUUGUCUCCUCUGUGAUGCGUCACCUCCGAUGUGCUACUGACCUGACAGCAUCACUCCUGGGGCGAUGAUGAUACUGUAAAUACAUUUUGUGUAGGAUGACACCUUUGACCACAUGGGCCGUAUCGCACUCUUUUGUUGUGUUGCAGGAGCUGAGGAAUGAUGCAGAGCUACAGGAGGGGAAUCUUGGCUGGCUGAAAGCUCGUAUGGCUGUCCUUAUUGAGAUUAGCGCUGACAGCGAUGCCCAGAGGCAAGGAAGCUCACUUAGCAAGCUCUCAACAGAUUUCAAGGGUCUACUUGCCUCUCUCUCUGAGGUAAGUAAAGUCAGCGGUUUUAGGAGGUGCCACAAUGCAGAACAUCUUAUACUCAUUUGAGGGAAAUUCGUAACAUUUUCCAACAACCUGGACAUGAUCGCAGCAUCAACUCAUCAUGUUUGCUCUCUUAAUAUUUGUGUCAUGAAUGCGUUGAAUGUAUUUUUUCUCUGUUUUAUCUUCCAGGCUGAAAAGAUGGUUCUGGCUGUGGGGGACUGUGUUCAGUUCAGAGAAGAGGUUCAGACUACUCUGGAUGAUCUGGUACAGGGGCAGAAAGAGUCUCAGGCUGAGGUCACCAAAAUACUGGACUGUCCAACCGUCAGAGAAGCCCAGCAGCUACUUCUUGUUCACCAGGUACAGUAGGACAUUUAAAGAAAGUUUGGUUGUUUUAAAGGCAGAGUUUACCCAAAGUACUGAAUGUCAUUAAGAAGAAACAGAGUGACCAUUUUCACUGUAUGUGACUCAUAUUUUAUAGCAACUAUUAAAACGCCUUAAGCUGAAGAGGAAGGACGUUCAGCAGCUGAUCACCAGAGGCCAGCAGCUCCAGACUGAGGAGGGUUUGGGGGACACUCUGCAGCAGGACCUGCAGAGCUUAGAGAACACACUCAGCAAAAUGGAGCAGAAUAUGGACUCACAGGAGCAAAGCCUAGAGGUGAGCGCUGACACUGAGGAAGUGACUUUAAAAAAUAUAUUUUUGAGAUACUAUGUUUGUCCAGCAGUGAAUCAAAUGUUGCUGGUGUUUUUAAGGUUUUUAUAUAAAGCAACAGACCACAGCACUGUGCCUGAGACAAAUUCUCCCUCUGCGCAAAUAUAUUUCCCCCUCUCUCUCCCUCUCUGUUAAUAAAAACAUUUCACAGUUGAUUAAGGAAGCAGCGGUGCUCCAGAUAUUUAGGUCCAACUACAAAUUUGGGAUGAAGGUUGAUUUUGUAAAAGCUUUUCUUUGCAAAAUAUUAAGCAAAGUAAUUGGUCAUCAUAACAGCUUUUAGUAAUGCUUAUGGAGUUAUAUAAGCAGUGAGCAUAAGUCUUUAUAAAUAUGUGGAUAAUAUAAUGCAAUAUACCUUAAUGCAAAAGAAAAACACUGAAAUUUAAAUUCUAUUAUUCCAUAAAUUGGACAUGUAGUUCUGAUUGAAGUCUGCAGCUGAACGGACUUCCCUCCUGAAGUUUGUAGAAGAUAAUGUUGCAGCGAAUCAGCCAUCACACUCUCACUGUUGCUUUUAUAAAACAAAGACCGACUGGAGAUGGAAGUUUUGAUGCACUCUUGUGCCCUACAGGGAGUAAAAGGUACUGAGUAUGUCGCAUACAAAUCAUCCUGAUGUUUCAAACUGUGCAGCAGAGCCGCUGAGCUGAGCUGCUCACUGAAUAUUAACUGCUCCUCCUUUGUCAAUAUGCUGACUCAUCAUCCCCGCUGAAAAGACAAACACGGCAGUAUCAUCUGCAUACCUAAUCAUGUGCUUCAAGCUGAAUUGGCAGUACAUGUGUCAUCUGUGAUCUUGAUUUGUGACUACUGCUGUUUGAAAAUGUUUUAAAUAUCACACCACCUUCAGACUAAUUCAAUAUUUAUUUAUCAGUCUUGUUUUUAAGCCUGUCAUGUCUUAAAGUGCAACAUAAUUAAAACUGUUGAGAUUUAGUAUCAAUGUCUGUUAUCCAUAGGUCACGCUGGCAGCCUGGCAGGAGUUCGACAGCCAGCAGGAGGCAGUUCACGAGUUUGUUAACAAGGCACGAUCGACGAUGGAGAGAGACCUGAACUUUAGCAGUCCAGAGAGCCUGGCUGUUGAACUCGACCAGGCCAGAGUACGUAGAGUUCGUCCUUUAGAAAUAUUCCUGUGGAUGAGCAAGAAGGAGAAUUGUGCAUGAAUUCUUUAUCCGUUUGUGACAGGUGUUGUUGAAGCAGUGUGAAGCCGAAGCCUCACACAUGAACACUCUGCUGAAGAGAACGACAGAAAUCCAGCUCGGCCCCAAAAACAAGACCCUGCUCCUGCAACAAGCUCGUUCUCUCAGCGAGCAGGUGGACAAAGUGGAGGCUGGGCUCAAAAAAGAGUAAGAUGAUGGAUUUCUAUCUUGUUGCUUCUAAAAAAAAAACAAGCUUUAAGUUGUCUUCAAAUCAGCUGUUAUGUAAUUAAAAUAAUGUUUUGUAGUGUCAAGACUCUGGAGGAGAUGAAGAGUCAGUGGGAUCAGUUCGGAGCCAGAUUUGAAUCUUUUUCCUUGUGGAUAUCAGACAAGGAAAAGCAGCUGGAUGCACUAAAAUCUGCUUCCCUUCCUCUUGAGCAACAGAUAAACACCAUAAAGGUACAGUGUUGUGGAUCAUAAAGCUUUAACACUCUGAAAUCGCCUCGCUGCUGUUAUCUUGUGGUUGUCUUUAGCAGCAGCUCUGACACUUCUGACACUUUAUCUGUGCUUUUUACACCUGUAUCAGCCCCUUGUGCUCAACACAGUGAAACAAAGAUAGCUAGAAACACAGCUGGUUUUAGGGUUGGUUGUAACAAUGAAGUAAAAAAAAGAAAAACAAGGCUCUGUAGAGGCUGCACAGGCCAAAGCUGCCCACCUUAGUAUUAUCUGAACUCACAAACAAUGCUCCCAAAUGACCAAUAAAGACGAACACUCUCUCACUUUCACUCUACGGUUCAUAAAGACUUUGUUUAAUGCUCUGUUUUAUGGUUUUUACAUUUCUCCUGCAUGCUCAGGCUGUCAGCGCCGAGCUGAAGGAGCGAGCUGAGGUUCCUGCUCAGUUGGAGGCAGAUUCUCAAGCACUGGCUCAGUUUGUAUCUUCAGGGGAGGCGGCUCGCAUAAAGGCCCGUCUAACCCAGAUCGGCAGGUACUGGGAGGAGCUGAAGGAGAGCGUGCAUCAGCUCGUUGGGCAGCUGGAGGAGAGCUCGUCUCACCAGCAGAAGUUUAAAUUUAGCCUGGAGGAGGUAAAUAUGACUGAAUAUCGUAAUAUUAUACAGACCAGCAUCAAUGAGAGGUCGAAGUCUGUGACAUCUUUAUCAUUUCAGGUGCAUGCAUCUCUCAGUGAGCUGCACACAAAACUAGAGCAUCCUAUCAAGUCCUGCUCCUCCUCAUCGGAAACAUACAAAGCUCUUCAAAACCACAUGGUGACUGGCUGAUUUUACCUCGCACAACCGUUUGAUUUUCCAGCUGAGAGAAAAUGCUCUGUCGGUAACUGUGUUGUGUUUUUGUUCCCCAGGAUGUCUGUCAGCUUCUGGAAAAGCUUAAGGGAACCUUACUGUCUCUGUCAGCUGGAGCUCGGAGACUCAGUGACAGAGAACAGGCAGAGAGGACAGUGACGGAGCUGAACAGCAGCUACGACAAGAACAUCCAAGAGGCCAAGGACAAACAGAGCAUUCUGGAAAACCUGCUGUCUCUUUGGCAAAAGUAAGAGUGACUCAGCUGACCACAAAAUUGAAAAAGAGUUUAGUUUGUUCUGUUUUAUUUAAAUCAGACGAUUAGGUCAUUCUGGACAGUGAUUUUAAUAUUUACAUUUUUUCCCUCCUGAAUGCUAAAAAAAUUGAAUUUCUCCGUCGUUGUAUUUUUGUGUUUCAGGUAUGAGAAACAGCGUUCAAACUUUGUGUCCUGCUUGGAGAGGAGUGAAUCUGCUUCCAAACCAGAGACUCAGAGCCUGUCAGCUGAUAAAGUCAAACUCCGCACAGAGUUACAUGAUAUGCAGGUAAAAAAAAAACCACAGCAAACAGAAUUCUGCAUAGAUAAAACUUACAGAUCUGUCCCUGUGAUUGGCAGUGUGAACAGGUUUUUCUCCCUCAACAUGAUGACUAAAUUGUCUGUAUAAACACAAACUUGCAGGCCUUGCACUCUGAGGUCCGGGCUCUUGAGCCUGCACACGUUGAGCUGACGUCCUUGGGGACUUCCUUGUGUCCAACUGCACCAGAAGAAAGAGUGAAGCAGCUGAAAGAGGAGCUAGAAACCCUGCAGAAGAGGCUGCAGGUUCAAAAUGAAGUCCUCCCUCAAAGGUAAGAUCAUACAACACAAAAUCACAGUUUUAUUUUAUCCUAACUUCCUCAUAGGUAACUAAUUCCUUUUAAAAGACCUGUCUAAUGAGGGAAGUAAAGUUUAGUAAGUUUAUUCUGUUUACUGAAACAUAACUUUUUCAUCUAUAGUUAACUCCAGUCUGCCAAAAUGAAUACGGUGACACAGGUCUUUUGUUACCUAUUUGACUCCCUGUGCUGCCAUCUUGUCCCCCAGAAUCAAAGAGCUUCAGAGCCACCUCUCGCUGGUGGAGCAGUUUGACCAGGCUCUGCUGAAAUUCUCACAGUGGAGUGAGGGCAUGCUCUCGAGUCUGCAUUCAGCCUCUCAAGUUAACAUCAGUAACCUGCAGCCUGCCACAGCACAGGUCAAGGUAAGAACCACACAAAAGCAUCAAUCAUCUGUUUUGCAUGCAGUAUACUUUUUACCAGUCAGCCAACAGAUGAAGCUACAAGUAAUCAUCUUUGACAGGAGACACAGGCAGCCCUACAGAAGCAGUCUGGAGUGAAGCAGAGCUUGGAACAGCAGACCGAGAAGCUCUGUAAGUUCUGCGAACCUGGUGAUGCACAGCUCCUCCGCAGCAGAGCGGACACCUGUCUGCAGCCGUACCAGGAGGCCCAGCAAACAGCCGAGCUCCAGCUAGAGUGUCUUGAAAGGCUUGAAGCUUUCCUGCAGACGCACGGUGUCGCCGCAGGGGUGUUGCGGGGUCUGAAGCAGACCGUGGAGAGUGCAGGGAGCUGGGAUCGUGGAAAAGUGGAGGAGCUGCAGCAGGAGCUGUCCACUAUUGUCCCAGAUAUCACACAGCUGGAGACUCUCGCGGUCAACCUGGACAGCAGCCUCUGCAAAAGCCAUCUCCACAUCGGUGCUGACGAGGGCUCUCGAAAGUCCUGUCGCAUGCUGGCUGACUCGCUCAGUGCUGAGCUGGACGCAGUGAGGAACUUGCUUGGUACUAAACAGAGUGAAGCAGAGGCCUUGGGGGCUCUCUGGACCUCAUUCAGACAGAGAAAAGAACAGCUGCUCAAAGCUGUGGAGGACAUCGAAGAGAAAGCCGACCACCAGAGCUUCAAAGAGCCCAGCCUGCACGCGCUGCAGCAGAGGUAAGACAUGACAAGAGAACACAACCACAUGUUCAUACUUUACAAAUACAUUUAGGUCAGCUGAGUCAUAAAACUUCUGACUCCGCGUGGUAAAAAUCCUCUUAUUGUCAGGUUGAGAUUCUUCAAUCAGAUGGAGGAUGAGCUGCAGUCACACCAGCAUGAGGAGCAGUGGCUGAGGGACAAGGGCAACCAGCUGGCUCAGAGAGAUGCAGAGCUGGCCGGAGAGGUUCUGAGGGAAAUCAAUCUGCUGGAGACCACGUGGGAAGAUACCAAGAAGCUCAUCACAGAGAGGUAACUGGAGGAGUGGAAGACGGUUUUCUAAAUAUUGAGUUAGGAAAUGUUGCUCCUACCAUUUAGACUAAAUAAGUGUAAAUCAAUUUGGUUUUGAUUUUGUGGAUUUUUUCUUUUUGUUUACUGUUUAUUCACAUAGAAACUAAUGAUACUGAUACACUUUUAUCUUUCUCUGACAGACAAGAGCAGUGUAACGUCCUCGUCAAUCUCAUGAGAGAAUACCAAACCCUGAAAUCUUCCAUCAGCAGCAUCAUUGACAGCACUGAACCUCUGGUUGACAUAAACUCUGUUAUGAAGGACUACGAAGAGACCAGGAGGUCUUUAACCAAGGUCAGGACACAGAUUGUUUUAUAUUACUUUAAACUCUUUCAUGAAAUAAAUCCAAAAAAGAGGGAUUAUCACAUUUGAGAUAUGCCUUUAUGUUGUCGAUCAGACUGCUUCACAGGAUUUUAUGUCUUCUCCAUUUGUAGCACGAGACAGUGAAGGUAGAGAUGGCGAGCAAACAACAUGAACUGGACCAGUUUUCCACUAAAGGAAAGCAGCUGGUGGUUGAGCUGAAGAAGAUCCCUGAUUGUGAUGCUCAAAUGCUGAAGAAGGACAUGGAGACGCUUGUCGAUCAGUGGCUGGAUGUAAGUCUGCUGUUUUUUUUCUUCACUGUAGAGAAGAGCGUUGUUUUUUUGUCUUAUUAUAAACUCAAACUUGAAGUGCCAGACACUUGAAGGAGCAAUUUCUUCCACUUCACAGGUUUCUGAAAAGAUAGACGACAACAUUGACCGUCUGAAUCAGAGUUUGGCACUGUGGGACGAUGUGCGUAAAAUCAAUGAGGACACUGAGUGCUGGACGAGCAGCAGUGUGAUUGAGCUUAAUGAAAGCCUGAACAACCUCAACGACAGUCAGAAAGUGUCUGCAAGGCUCUCCAAGCUCCAGGUAAGAUUAUAAUGUCAGAGUUAUAACUUGUGUUACCUUAUUUGGGCCUGUAGCCUUGUGUUUUCAGGGAUAUAAUGACUAAAAUAUAGAUUAAAUAGACUUAAAGUAGGUAUUUUGUUCACCUACAGGCUGAAAUGGGAGAGAAGGAGCAGAAUCUUGAAACUCUACAGGGCAAAAUAACUGAGCUGAAGAAGUUCAGUCAAAGUGAAGAGACUCCUGCUAAAUUACAGGUGACAAAUAACUGCAAUCUUGAAUGUUGAAUUUUUCUGAAUCGUUUCUCUGUAAGUAUAAAUUCUACAGAAAUAAAAAGGUCCUCCCCUCCAUUCAUCAUCCAAAUCUCUUCUUGCUCUUGUUUCAGGUGCUUGAGAAUGACCUUCGGAAAAAGAUCAGCUCUGUUCAGAAGCUGCACCAGCAGGCCAAAGGAAACCUCAUGGACUUCACUUCCCAGAGGAAACAGCUAGCGGACUACAUCUCACAGAUGUCCGCCUGGCUAAAAAGUAUGGAGGACUCUCUUGUUUCCUCUCCCACUGGAUCAGAUCCAGAAGACAUCUGCAGAGUAAAGGUGAGUCCUAAUAAGAAAGUGAAGUAUAGCUCUUUAUUGAAAAUGUAUGAAAUGUGCCUGACUGUAAUGCCGUAAAGUGAGGUGUAAAAAAAUCUAAUGUGUGUUUUGAAGGACCUCCAGAAAGAGCUGCAAAACCAGCAGGGGAGUAUCGACACCACCAGAGAGAGUCUCAACACCUUAUGUCGGAAAUAUCCCUCUGAGGAGCUGGCUAAUUUGGGUUCAGCUCUCACCGACCUUAUCAAGACCUACGAGUCUGUCAACCAGCUUUCUGCGAGGACUCUGGUGUCUCUGCAAAGCUGUCUUCAGCAGCAGUUCAACGGUGAGAAGUUUAUAAAAAUUAAUCUCUGCUGAUAUUAUAAACUGUAGAUGAUAACAUCCUUAUGUUUUUGCAAUUUCACUCUUAGAGACAAUCACAGAGUCAUGAAUUAUUCCGGUGUUUACUUUCUUCCGGUAAAACCUGCCACAUAAAGAGACAACUUAGGAUAUGUAGAAUCAACAACCUGAUUCUGUCACACUCGAUUCACUUUAAAUCUACACUUGAUAUUGAUUUACUGUCACGCUGUCUCCACAGAUCUGGUUCAGGAGUUUCAUCGUUGGCUUUCAGAGCAGAGGGAGAUUGUGAAGGAAUGCUCUGACCGAUCUGGAGACACACAAAUUGUUGAACGCAAGCUCCAGAAACUGAAGGUAAAAGUUUGUUUAAGGUUUAUCUCUGAAUGAGAAUCAGUGUAGUGUGUUUCAAAGAUGCUCUUCCCUGCUUUUAACUGGCUGACAGUGAUGAGUUAAUCAUCAUUAUCAUUAUUCAGGGUGCCAUGGAUCGUGUGGAGGAGGGUGAGGUGCGCCUCACUCAGGUCUGUGAGGAGGGAGAGAAGCUUCUGCUCCAUCUCCCUAAAGCCAGCGCAGGACAGGUCCAGCAGCACCUUUCCUCCAUCCAGCAGGACUGGGACAGCUUUGUGGAGCAGUGUCGACAGAACCAACAGAUCCUGGAGGACAGUGCAUCACUCAUGAAGGGGUAACUGACCGUAAAUCACAGCCCUGCAAAGCUCUCGGUGAGAUAAUGGAUUAAUAAUAUUGAUUUAUGAAUAUCUUGCAGGUUUGAGGGACGCCUCAAGAAGCUGAGAUGGUGGUUGGAGCACAUGGAGAAGAGACUGACCACUGAUCUGCUGGAAACUAAACAACGAGGCCCUGAAAAAGCAGUGCUGGAGCAGGUGGAGGAGUAUCAGCAGGAAGUGCUCAAAGAAAGGUGUUGAAUCUGAUUCAGUCUGUGUAUUUACAGAGAAAAGACAACUUGUGUGUUUUUAUGAUCUUAUGAUGGCCCCUGGUGGAUCUGUAAUAAUCCUCUCCAAUGACACAUCAAAGCGCUCUUUGAAGCUUUGUUAAACAUUUAACUGCUUUCCAUGCAGGGAUUCAUUUGAGCGCUUAUGUCAAGAGGGACAGGCUCUGAACGAAGGUGGGCGAGGAGAUGGAAGUGAGACACGGGUGUCAGCUCAGCUGCAGUCACAGCACCAGGCCCUGCUGAGGCGUGUGAGAGACAGGCUGCGCAGCUGUCAGCUCACUUUACAGGAGCAGCAGGCCUUUGAGGAGACACUGCAGACUACCUGGGGCUGGCUUAACGGGGUCCAGGAGCGCCUGGCUUCUCUCAACAGCACAGUCGGAAACAAAGAGACCUUGGAGAAAAGACUUGGUCUUGUGCAGGUCAGUGAACGCCGUGAUCUGUUAAACAUCACGCUUUGUAACACAGCACGGAAAUUAACCCACAGCUGCCCAUGUCCAUGCAGGAUAUCCUUCUAAUGAAGGGUGAAGGAGAGGUGAAGCUCAACAUGACUGUAGGGAAAGGAGAACAAGUGCUGAAACACAACAGAAUGGAGGGGCAGGAGGUCAUUUGUUCACAGCUACAGAACCUGAAAGAUGCCUGGGCCAAUAUGUUGAUGACCUCUAUGAGUUGCCACAGGUAGGAGACAUAUAACUGUCUGUGAUGCCAUAGUUUACGAUGAAGGUUUGAUGUGCUGAAGUCUCUUUAAAUCUUGUCUGUAGUCGUCUGGAGUGGACGGUGGCUCAGUGGACGAGCUAUCAGGAAAGUAAAAGCCAACUCCAGCAGUGGAUGGAGUCGGUGGAGCAGGAGUUGGGGAUAUCUCUCCCUCAGCAGCCCGGCCUCAAAGAGAAGUCGGCUUUGCUCGAGCGCCUCAGGGCCAUCCAGUCUGAUGUGGACGCCCACGCCGCUGCACUGUCGCGCCUCACAGACAAAGCAGUGGAGAUGCAUGAAAAAACUGGCGACCAGACUUUUGGCCCAGAGUCCAGGGCGGAGCUUAAUGCACACUUUGCCGAUAUCGCUGCUGUUGUUAAGGUAACUGUAACAUAGGCACAGGAAAAGUAGUUCCUGCAAACAGCUGUUGAACCUUAUACUUUAAAGUUCCUGGAUAGAGUUUUUUAGCUGGUCAUGAAACCGACUGAAACCACUUGUGUCAGGUGUUUAUCUUUUUUAUUUCUUUUACUGUUACAAAGGGAAAAGUGCAGUCAAUGCAGAACAUUGUGUCUGAACAUGAGCAGUAUUUGGACGCUCUGAGAGACUUCAAUGACUGGCUGAUUUCAGCAAAAGAAGAACUCCAGCGCUGGUCGGAUCUGUCCGGAGACUCAGUUUCCAUUAAAAGAAAGCUUUCCAAAGUGCAGGUAAGAAACUUAAACUGUUGUAUCUCUUAAAUCCAGCUGAUGGAUUUGAGAUAUCCAUCAUCUCCUUCAGUCUCUAUCCUGUCAGGAACAGGCACAGGCCUCUCAAUUUGAGUUUCUUGACUCCCCUUUUCCUUUUAUUUAGUAUGACAAUCGAGAUCUUUUUUGUACUGUUUCAGGAGUUGCUCGAUUCUAAGCAGAGGGGCAGAGAGAGGCUGAACCGGGUCCAAAGAUGCGGGGCAGUGGCGAGAGAUCACACCGGCUCAGGGGGCUACGAGGCCAUUGAGCGAGAGGAAGCUGCCCUGGUGUCUUCAUGGGAACAGUGGGAACGUGGGGCACUGCAGACAAGGGCUAGUCUGGAGACUGCUCUGUCCCAGAUAGCCAGCUCUGAACAAGAGUUCAACAGCCGGUCAGUACAGCUGGAGCAGGACCUGCGGGACUUCAGCCGGCAGCUGAAGGACUGGCGUCUGCGUUUGGCUCAAGCAGAGGGGAAAAACGAAGGAGAGGAGGCUGUUAAAGGCUGGCAGAUAGCAAAGGUACAUCAAGGUUUAGCUCAGUGCUAAUCACAAACCGCCAUGAAUUUGAAACAAGAAGUGGUAGCUCGGGAUGAAAAAACUACUAAAUUAACUAUCUUCACUGGUUAACUUUUUUUGUCCUAACAGGAAACUUUGGAAGAACUUGUGAAAGCUGAGCCGCUGUCUGACAGUCUGAAGACUCAACUCAAUGACCUGUGCCGAUUCUCCAGAGACAUGGGCACCCAGUCUGAGAGAGUCUCCGCUCUUAUUAAAGAAUACAACAGGUGAGAAGUUGAUUUAAGACCUUAGACAUCAGGAGAAGAAGUCUCAAAAUUUUCGGGAACCCACAAAAAAUAUUUCAGAACUUUUGUUUUUGGUUGUAUGAACAAAUGAUCUGCAUCGAUGCAACCAGAGAAAAAAAAAAAAAAUUCUGUCAUGAUUUGUUGUUUUUAGUCUGAGUCUUCAAGCAUCCAGGGAGUGCCAGAGCAAAGAGAAGUUGCUGGAGCAAGGCUUUCGCUCAGCCUUCAGAGAGUUCCAGCAGUGGUUGGUCAACGCUAAGAUCAACACGGCCAAGUGCUUCGACGUACCCCAGAAUCUCAGCGAGACCUCAUCUAGCCUGCAGAAAAUCCAGGUAGAACACGGUCCUCUAAUGGCUGGCAAAAUUAUAAGUUUAAUCACCACUGAAGGUGCCAACACCAUCUAAUUUUAAUUUGCAGCAAUUUGUGGGUUUAUUAAAAUGAACAAUACAAAUAAAAUGAGACAUGAAACUAAACAAUGGUAAUUUAUUUUACUGUAAAAGAUGAGAAAAUGUCCCUGUAUACUCGAUUUAUCCCUGACCAUCUUUCUCCAGGAGUUCCUCAGCGGCAGAGAGCAAGGCCAGUCGAAGCUGAACGCUGUGGUGGUCAACGGUGAGCUCAUCUCCACCAUCGCAGCUAAAGACAAAGUGGAUGCGGUUCGGGCUAAGAUGCACACAGCCAGAGAGGACUGGAAAAAUAUCAUGUCCAACCUGCACAACAGAGAGGCCAACCUUCAAGUGAGUCCUUCCUCACCGGUCUGUGAAAACAUCUAUGAGUGUAUUUUGAGUCAAGGAAACAUCUCAACAGUCUCCUUUUACUGUCUGUGCGUGUACUAGAACCUUUCAUCUCAGAUGAAAGACUUUGAGGCAAGCGCCGAGCCUCUUCAGGAGUGUCUGAACGCCACAGAGCUGGCCGUGCAGGAGAGCAGCACGAGGCUUCAUGAUCUCACCGCCAAAAAGCAAGAGCUUCACAAGUUACAGGUAAUAAUAUCCUCCAAGCUCGGAACAUCACUGCGUGUUCAGGACGACUCAUGUUCAACACAUCAGUGCUUCAGCAUCCUGGCAGAAACUCACUUUAUCAGCUCUGUAUCAGUGUGUUAGUUUUACUAUUAUCCUCUAAAAGACCUGCCAACAGCUUAAGCUAACCGCCAUUUGCCUACUUCUGAAUUACUGCCAUCUCUCUGCUUCUCUUUGCUACCCUCACAUGUCCUUGUAACUUUAAUAUAGAAUAUUAUUUGUAAUUAGUGUCUGUUAAUUGUUUAAAUAUGUCUACCAGCUACUUCCAGAGGCCUUGAUUGCACGUAACAGUAACCCUGGCCAAAUGUCUCAUUCAUUCUUUUUGCCGUGUCGCCAUGUCUAACCCCUUCACUCUGUGUCCGAGUGUAACUGUCUGAAAUCUGCGUGUCAGCUUGCAUGCCUCUUUGAUAACCUGCUUUGCUCUUCCAGUCUGUGCUUGAGGAGUUAGCCUCUCACGAGAUUCAGCUGAACAAGCUGAAAGAGAAGGCCCAGCUGCUGUGGGACGAACAUGCGGCCGGCAAGGGUUUUGUGCACCGCGUCUCGCAGCUCUCUGCUCAGUACCUAGCUUUAACCAACCUGACCAAGGUACAGUAAUGCCUCCCAAUCUGCCUGUGCACUGGGGCUCUUCUUGGGGUAGGGCUCGAGAGGAAACAGCAGCACUAGACUGGAUCGAGCUCUGAUUUGACAUUUUAUUUUACAGAUUAUAAACAGGGAAGUUACUAACUCACAUGAAUGUAUCACUAAUUUCUGUCUUUUGUUACUUUUAAGUCUCACAUAGACAAAACAGUUUGAUAUUUGUUUUUUGUUUUCUACUUAAUCUUUAUGUAACAUCAAAGGGUGAAUGUACGCUGUUAAACUGACUGUGGAUUCAGUUUUGAAACAUAUUCGGUGGUAAAGUUUGUGACUUGUUCAACUGCUCAAUAGGAAAAGGCAUCAAGGAUCGAUCGGAUAGCGACUGAGCACCAGCUUUUCUCACAAGGGCUGAAGGAGCUGCAGAACUGGGUGGCUGAUACGAGCCACAUGCUGCAGACUUACUGCGCCCCCACUGCAGACAAAAAUGUUCUUGAUAGUCGGAUGAUCAAAUUGGAGGUAAAUGAAGUCCCUUGUAGAUUUUAAAAUUCAAUCUACCGCCUUUAACACUUACAGAAAUUAAAUUAAUGCUCUUUUUUUUUUUGCACCAGGCUUUGCUGACUGCUCGGCAGGAGAAAGAGAUCCAACUGAAGAUGCUGAUCACAAGAGGAGAGUCAGUUCAGAGAAACACCUCAGCUGAGGGAGUACUAGCAGUCCAGAAGCAAAUACAGGACCUGAAAGAUUCCUGGGAUGCUCUGCUCUCUGCUUCAAUCCAGUGCAAAAGGUCUGUUCUGUAGCAAAAGUAACAGCAUAUUAAAUUGCUGCAUGACUGUCUGACUUUACUUUGCUUUGUGAAUUAAACAGUCAGCUGGAAGGUUCCCUGUCUCAGUGGACCAGUUACCAGGAGGAUGUUCGGCAGUUUGUGGCCUGGGUGGAGCGUGUGGAAGAGACUCUUGACCCCACUGACAAACAGUGUCCAGAGAUGAGGGACAAAACUGCGAACCUGAGCAGAACCAAGGUAGAGACAUAUGUACAAAUCAUGCAUUUAUCAGUAUAUAGAUGCAUAAACAUUUUGGGAUUUUAACCCUUAGAUUUUACAGGGGAGGAUCAAUGAGGAACUGAAGGGAUCAGAGUUACACGAGCAUCUUAGCUGCAGCAGGUUCACGGUUUCAAAGUGUCACAGUUUAUUGAUGGUAAAACUUCUCCGCUCUGUUUUAGCUGCUGUAUGAGGAAGUUCUGAGCCACAGCACCCUGCUGGAAACCAUCACUGCAAAGAGUGUCAGCAUCACCGAGAGCUUUGUCACUCAACUGGAGCUCCAAGAGCUGCAAGAGCGCUACAACACCAUGAAAGAUAAUGCCAUGGUAAUUUGAAAAAAAGCUAAAUGAACUCCAACUCCAACUGUAAUAUAAUCAGCAGCUUAAACACGGUUUAGAGUAAAGAGCUGACUUUAUGGUCUGCUAUCUUUGUUGUGUCUGUAGAGGGCAGUAGCUAAGGCAGAGGAGCUGGUGAAAGCCCACCAUGAGUAUCAACGGGGCCUCCAUGCAUUUGAGGACUGGCUGGAACAAGAACAAGAAAAGCUUGGCUGCUACACACAACUGGAGGGAGAUGUGGAUAUGCUGGAGGAGACUCUGCAAAAGCUGCAGGUAAUAAAACCUGUUGUAAAUGAACAGAUGAGAUUAUCCUACUACUGCUGCCAGAGAUUCUGUUCAGUCAAUAUUUCACCGAAAAAGUUUACCUCGUUGUUGCUACAGGAAUUGCAGCUGCACUGUACUGAAGGCCAGGCUCUGCUUAACACCCUGCUGGUCAGUCGAGAACUGGUCAUACCCUGGGGCCUGCCUCAGAUUGAAGACCGAGCUCUGGAAACGCUGCAGCAGGAGUGGAGGAUGUACCAGGCACGACUGGCCGACACUCGCUCUCAGCUCAACAGCGCUCUGGCCAAACUCCGACAGAUGGAGCAAAAGUUUCAGCGUCUAGACAGCUGGCUAAAGGGCAUGGAGACCAAAGCACAGCUGCGUAGCCACCGGCGCUCUGACCGCACCACCAAAGAUGCCCAGCUCCAGCUAAUAAAGGCUAGUCUCAGAUACAUACAGUAGAAGUCAUCACAAAUCUAAAUAACUGUCUAUAAAAGGUUUUAAAUUCUAGUGACUGUUUUUGAGUUUGUUUAAUCAUUUCUGAUGCUGCUUGAAUGUUCAGAGCUGGCAGGAAGAAGUUCUGGUUUAUCAGGAGGAGAUGGAGGGCCUCAGUGUCUUGGCUCAGCAGGUUCUGGACGAGACUCACAUCAGCAGUCAGAUCAGUAGCAGAGCCACCAAAAUCACAGCCCGCUAUCACGUCCUUCUUCUGCAAUUACUGGUAAUAUCUUAUUGAACGAAUUAAACUAUAUCUAAAUAUUGAAAUAUUACUUUAAAGAUGUUAUCAGUUUAGAAACCCCCUAAUAUUCCUCUCCAUCAUCCUUUCCUUUUCCUGUUGUGAUGCAGGAGACGAUCAAGCAGCUCCAGGAGGAAGUGUCAUGCAUUGAAGAGGCGCAGUGUGUCUUCAGCACUUUCUCAGACUGGCUCAGUACAGCUCAGAAUAACUUCAGCACGGUGGCGAUCACUGUCGACGCAGUGGACCGCUUCGCCAUGGAGAGGAAGAUGAAAAAGCUGGAGGUAUCUUUCCUAACCUGGUGUACAUGUCUUCUCUAUUUUUUUGUACAAUGUGCUUUGUCAGACACUGAAUGACACCAUCCCAUGUGCUUUUCAGGCUCUUCAGGCCGACAUGGAGCAGGGUCACAUUUACCUGAAGACGAUGAGGGAGAAGACGGAGCGAGCCAUGGCGUUCUUGGAGGAGCGGGAGGCAGAGCAGCUGAAGGAGGAGGUGGACACCCGCCUCUCCCAGCUGCAGGAGCUGACGGAGUCUCUGCGCACCGAGCACAGCUCCCUCGAGAAAUGUAUCUCACUCUCGAAAGACUUCAUGGACAAAUACAAGGCCCAGGCCCAGUGGGUAAAGGAGACCAGGAACCUUUUAGCAUCAAAUGUGGAGCCUAAAGCUGAACUGUACCAGAAGAAGGCUCAGCUAGCAAAAUACAAGGUAAUUUAACAGUAAAUCUAUUUGCAAUUAAAUCUAAACAGAGCAAGAAGGUUAUUUGAUACGAUUUGAAAUGUGCUUGUUUCCAUACCUGCAGACUAUCCAGCAGACAGUGCAGUCCCAUGACUCAGCAGUGAAAUCUGUCUUUGAGAAAGGAGAGGCCCUGCUGGACAUCGUCCACGACGCAAUGAUAAGUGAAAACAUGAAGAAGCUGCAGGCUGACUACCAAGAAAUCUGCUUAGCUGCCAAGGUAUGGACACACUGAGGCUGUUUCUGCAGAUUCAGGUAAUUUAGGGAAGCAGGGUCAAACGGAGCAGCUUUAGUAAGUCUGAUGCAAUGGAUUCGUUAUCUCUGAAUGAUAACUUGCCGUGCAGCUUCAUGAUCCAGGCUGUUUACUCUGUUGCAGACCCAGGUUCAGAACCUUAUAGAGUGGGUUAAAGAGCACGAGAACUACAACAGUGAACUACAAGAGGUGGAGAAGUGGCUCCUACAGAUGUCCAGUCGAUUAGUCACCUCUGAUUCAAUGCAGACUAGCGGCAUGGAGAUGGCCACUCAACAACUCGCCCGACACAAGGUGACCACGACCACACCAUCCUAAAAAUCAUCAGUAAUUUAACCUCUGCAGGCGACACUAUUUCAUCAGUGAUCCACUUUUCCUGAUAGUUCAUUUUAAAUCUGUUUUCCAGGCAAUCAUGGAGGAGAUAGCCAGUUUUGAGGAGCGUCUGAUCAGCCUGAAGCAGAAAGGAGAAGAUCUUGUAGCCAGUUGUACAGAUCAAGUUCAGGCAAAGAUCAAUCAACAAGUCCAGGCUCACCAGCAGGGAACCAGAGACAGCUACUCGGCCAUCUGCAGCACUGCCCAGCGUGUGAGUCAUUUAGGAAAUCAACCAUGUUUCUUUCAUCUUCUUAUUUAUCGAACCAGGAAGAGUCUGUUUGAAAUUAAGACGGAUUUCAAAGUCUUUCUUCACCUCCUUCUACAGGUUUACCAGAGUCUGGACCGGGAGCUGCAGAAACAUGUCAACCAUCAGGACACCCUGCAGCAGUGCCAAACCUGGCUCUCCACAGUGCAGGAGGAGCUUCAGCUUAAUGAGCAGGGACCGACCGGUCUGCAGGAGGCACUGAAGCAGGUAAUGACUCAAUUUAGCUCAGUCUUGGAAUUGAUUAUCAGCACUGAGUAAUUUUUAUUUAAUGAAUAUGAUUGAUUACUAUUGCACAUCCAGGUGAAGCACUACAGGGCCCUUCAGGAGCAGGCCAGCACUUACCUGGACCUAGUGUGCUCUGUGUGUGAUCUUUCUGACGAAGCUGUGAGAGUGGCAGCUGCUGAGGUCCAACAAGUCAAACUCACGGUCAGUAACUGAAGAUGAGACAUGUACUGACAAUUGUAUGUUUUCUUUGAAAUCUAUUCAACAGUCAGUCAGUGAGAAAUAAGGUCUGCCUGUGUUUUUGCAGAUAGAGGAAAGGAUGUCCAGUGCACAUGAGCUGUCGGAGGGCUGGAGGGAAAUCAAGGACCAGAAGCAGGAUCUGACCGGCCUGUUUCAGGACAUGGAGCAGCAGCUUCUCAGCUUCUCUAGGAGGCCCGCAGAGUUGGAGACCAAGAUCGCCCAAAACAUGCUGUCACAAGCCAAAGUAAGAAACAGUAUCAUGACAACAAUUACAUGUAGUGGCUGUUAAAUUAUCAUUUUUUUCCAGGAUGUGUAAAAUGAAAGAGAUCAGCCCACUGUCUGGCUAUAUUUUGGGUAACCGUCCAGCAUCUUGCUUGUCACACAGGAAUGCAGCCAACAACUGCAGUCAAAACAAAGUACCCUGACCAAGAUGACGGAGACUGUGAGCAGGCUGACUGGUGGCCAGGACUCUCCAGAACACGCCGAGCUCGACCGUCUGAGCCAUUCUUGGCUCGAGCUCUGUCAUCAGGCCAACAAGCUGGAAAGCCAACGGGAGGAGGACUUGCAGAGGUCGAAAGAAUACCACGAAUGCAUCACCGCGGUGGAGGCUCUGUUUGAGCAGGUGUCCAAAGAGUGGGACAAUCUGGCCAGGUGUGUUUUCACUCGAAGUAGUCAAAUAAAUGAUCUCUUGCAAAGCCAAGUAAUCUUCAUUAUAGGCUCAAGAAAAUGCCAACUGGGCUCACUAUUCUCAGUUUCUUUUUUGUGGCUAGAAUUUGAGAAAUUAUGAAGAUCAGUGUAAGAGGAAAAUAUCCCCAGCUCUUUCCAACAAAACAUAUUAAAUAUGACUAUUACCCUUUUUUUUAUACACUAUGUUUUUGCUUCACAGGACGGAUGCUGAGAGUUCAUCUCAGCAUUUGGAGGCUUUACGGAGGCUCGCUGUGACUCUGGAUGAACAGAAAGGGACUCUUGAAGACCUGAAAGAGCAAAAACAAAAAGUCAUCCAACAUUUAAAUUUGGACGAUAAGGAGCUGGUGAAGGAGCAGAUCAGCCACUUUGAGCAGCGCUGGUCUCAGAUGCAAAACCUCAUUGAGAGGAAAAUCCAGGACUCAGUGGUGACCCUGGAAGAUAUGGGUCAGGUAGAAGCUCGUCUGAGGGAGGCUCGGGACUGGGCAGAGGAGCAGCAGCCUGCCCUGUCCGAGGCCAUGAAAAUGAGCCCUCCUCCAGAGCUGGCUCAGAGUUUCCUGUUUGACCACCUGAGUAUCUGCAGUGAACUGGAGGCCAAGCAGCUCCUGCUGGGUCAGGCCAUGGCUGACGCUGACAGGGUGCUGGCCCGUCUGGGCCUCAGUGAACGACAGCGUCUGCAGCAGCUUAUCGUAGACACUCAGUCUGAGGUGGAAUCUUUGAGUGAAAAGGUUGUGCAGCGCAGGAAACAUCUUAGCAAGGCUUUCACAGAGAGAACACAGUUCCUGAUGGCCGUCAGCCAGUCUAUUUCCUGGGUGCAGCAGAAUGAGAAGAAGGCCCAGGCUGAAGAGUACAUAGCUUUGUUACCCGAUGACCUAGCUAAGCAGGUCAGAACUUGUAGGAACAUCCAAAGCAGUUUGAAAGCCUAUCAGAGCGAGCUCACCUCCCUGUGGUCUCAGGGGAGGGAUCUGAUGAGGGACGCCAGCGAGGAGGAAAGGAACGAGAUCCUCACAAAGCUGCAGGAGUUACAAAACAUCUUUGACAAAACAUUACACAGAUGUGGUCAGAAGCUGCAGGAGCUGGAGAAGGUCCUCGUUUCUAGAAAAUACUUUAAGACUGAUCUGGAGAAAAUUUGCCUGUGGAUAAAACAAGCUGAUAUCGUCACGUUCCCUGAAAUCAAUCUGAUGGUUGGAGACGCUGAAUUAGAGGCUCAGCUGCUGAAGUAUCAACACAUUGUGGAGCAGGCGAUCGAGUAUGAGAAUCUUCUUCUUAUCGUUCAAAGAGCUGGACAGGAGAUACUGCCCAGCCUGAAUGAAUUCGACCACUGCUACUUGGAUGAAAAGCUCAACACCCUACCCCAGCAGUACAACAGCAUAUUAGCACUGGCCAAAGAGAAGCAGGAGAAAAUCCAGCAGGCCAUCCUGACGAGAAACGAGUACACCUCUUUCAUAGAUGUCACCCAUAAAGCUCUGCUGGAGCUGGAGGAACAGUUCAAUAACCUGGGCACUCAGCCUGUGGGCCUGCAGACUGAAGAGGUCCUCAGCUUGCAGAGUGAUUACAAAAUGAUCCAGGUGGACCUGAGCAGCCUGGGCCUCGCCGUGAGUGAACUGAACCAGAAGAAAGAGGGGUUUCGUAGUACUGGGCAGCCAUGGCGACCAGAGGAAAUGACCCAGCUGGUGAGCCUGUACAACAGCCUGAAGAGGCUGAUCGAACAGAAAGUAGAGCAUCUGGAUGAAACCCUGGAGUCAUUCGAGGACCACAAGGCCAUGGCUAUGCAGGUUGACUCUGAACUAAAGGCCACAAAAGAGCAGCUUGUCAAAGUGAAUGCAGAGACACAGUCGGCUGAAGAGAGACUGAAGAACUACCACGCUCUGGCAGGAAGCCUCCAGAGUGCCAACUCUCACCUGUCAAGGCUCAUGGAGCAGAUGGACACUCUCGCUCCCCGUGUCGACCAAGCAGCCAGCGAUGCCUCCAAGGAGCAAGUGGUUCUGUGGCAGGAGGAGCUGCGAUCUUUGCAGGCAGCAGUCGGAGAUCUGAUAGAAGAGUGUGAGAACAGGUUCGUCCAGAGUAAAGACUUUGAGACCGAGAUGAAACGGACCCUGGACUGGCUGCAGCAGGUCAGAGAUGACCUGGGUUAUGCUGUGAUUGUUGACGUGAGGGUGGAGAAGGUGCAGGAGGAGAUCAGAAAGCAGCAGAUCAUGCAGGAGGAAGUGCAGUCCAGGCUGAGGAUCGUGGCUGCUCUCAGCAGCAGAGAGAAACAGAAGUACACCAGCGCCAACGAGCUUGUUCCCACACACGUCGAUACAAGCCUGGAAGAAAUGGCAAAGCUGCAGGCGGAUGUUCAGAAAGCUCUGAGCUCCAAACAGGUGAGGCAAUAUUUCAUUUGUUUUGAUCUAAAUCAAACUUCAAUCUCCCAGCAAUUAUUGUGACAUCUUCUAAUAUUAAAAUAUCCUCUUGUUGCUUGUGUGUUCAGAUAACUCUGGAGGAAGCUCUGGUGUUCUGCCAGAAAUACCACUUCAGGAUGCAGUCAGCCUGUGAGUGGCUGGAGGACGCAGUGUCUUUCCUGCAGCAGGCCAGCUUAGGUGUGGAUGUGGAGAACUAUGAAGAAUGUCUGAGGCAGCAGGCGGACAUCCUGGCCACAGAGCAAGAGUUUCUCACCCACUUGGAGGAGCUGCAGUCCCUUCUGCCUUUGCUGGAGAACCUGGUCAACCCCACAGCCAAAGAGCAGCUCCGUGUGAGCGUGGAGUCAGCAAAGCAGAGGGGCGUGGAGGUCCGAGAUCAGCUUCAGUGUCACCAUGACGUCCUUCACAGGUAAUGAAAACAAAGAGUGAGAACACAAAACCUUUGCUUAUAACGAAACUGACUUCCUUUACAUGUUUUGCUGUUUUCAGCUGUGUGGAUCAGUGGAAGACGUACCAGGAGGCCAGACAGACAGUCAUCGAACUCAUGAAUGAGGCUGAAAAGAAGCUGACUGAAUUUUCCACUGCAAAGGCGGGCACAGGCCAAGAGGCUGAAGAUAAGCUUUGCAGUCAUCGGGUAUGAGAGGCCAGAACAAAGUCUAAAACAUGUGUGAUACUUCUGUCUAUGAGGUAAACUUAACUGAUCAGUUUUCUCUUCAUUUUUCAGUCUCUCGUGUCACUGGUGAACGGUUUCCAAGAGAAGCUGAGUGGACUGGAGGAGCAAGCUUCACAGCUGGAGCUAGUGGGGAGUGAUGCCAGUAAAGCCACCAUCAGUCGCUCCAUGACCACAGUGUGGCAGCGCUGGACACGACUGAGAAGUGUAGCCCGGGGACAGGAGAGGGUGCUGGAGGACACGGCACAGGAAUGGCGAACUUUUAGAGAGAAGGUACACAAAAAAAUCACCCAUUUGAUAACGACAUUAUUAGUGAGAUGAUUGUUUUCAGACUUAACUUCCACUUUUGUUCGGUGCAGAUGGUGAAGGUGAGAGCGGUCUCCGAUGAGCUCCAGAGUCGUUUCCCUGAUAGUGCUGUGGAGAAGGCUUCCAAAGCCACCCUGCAGUCUCUUUUAGACCAGCAUGAUCUGCUAAGCCAAGACCUGGAGAGGGAGCUCUCGGCGCUCAUGCUGCUGCGUCAGUACGCUCUCAGUCUGCUGCACGACGUGGAGGUGCCUUCUCCGACAAAUGAGCAGGACGAGCUGCCCAGCCUGAAGGAGAUCAGAGCUGUACAGGACCAAAUGGAAAGGUAGGGAGAUCACAGAUUGUCUUUAUGGAUAGUCUUGAAUCAAAUGGAAAUAGUCAGAUUUAGAUGGUAAGUGAAUUACCUUACAGAGUUCCAGGAUCUUUUCCUUUUACCUUUCAGCCUCUUGACACAGUCCAGGACCAAACGGGCUCAAGCAGCUCAGGAACUGAGGGACAGAGAGGAGGUGGAGAAGGAACUCAGUGUCGUAAAAGCCUGGAUUCAGGAAACCAGGGAGCUUCUUCUCAAUCCCACCCCAGACAUUGACUCUCUGCUGCAGGAGCUGGAGGUAUAUCACACGACUGUGAAAAGAAGUUAAAUUUUGAUCCUCCAGCCCUCCCCAAAAACAUUUCUAAUGGAAAAAGUGAUGUUUUUAUUGUUUUUAGGUUGUUCAUGGAGAUGUAAUCACAUACCGCCAGAAUGUGGAUAAAUUAGCAGAGCAGCAACAGAGCAAAUACCUGGACCUCUACACCAUACUGCCCUCUGAAAUCUCCAUGCAGCUGGCUGAGGUCUCCCUCGCACUGGGAGCCAUUGAAGAUCAGGUACUGUCUCAUUAAAAAACCUUUAACCUAGUAAAGAAUUUAAUGGCCUCUAUAGGGGUUUGUAUGUUUGUUUGUAAGAAAUGUAAUAAUGUGCGGUUUGUUGAUGUUACUCACUGUACGAUUUAGGUUCUUUCAAAAGAGAGAGAAAUUCAGAGAACCAGAGAAAUCAAAGAGAAUUUCAGCUCCAGGAUCCACGACAUCUCUGAAAAACUCAAAGCAGUAUCAGCUAAAUUCAAGGAGAAAUCUCCAGACGUUGAUCACGCCAAAGAAGAGGUUAAGGUAAGUCAGUGUACUCAUCUGAUCUCAAUGUGAAUGAAUCAUCAAUGUAACGAGAUACAUGGAUUUGAAAUGACACAAUACUAUGAGACAUUGUCAGUUUGUUUUGGUUUAUGUCUGGUUCUCAGAGCCUGGCUGAGGACUUGGACUGUUGUGGCCGCACCCUUUCAGAACUGGACGGUUCAGUGCAAGACUUCGGCCGCAGAAACCCCCUGCUGGCCAAACAGCUUGGCGAUGCCAUCAGCAAGCUCUCCGAGAUGCAUCAUCACACAACUCGGUUGGCAGACUGCAGGAAUAACUGGCUCAAAAAGGUUUGUGUUUCUGGUCUCUUAUUGACAUUGUAAGUUUUUUUAAUGCCAUGACCCCAAAUUGAAACACAUAUCUGAAUAUACUUAAUGCGUUUGCUUAGCUUACAGCUCACAAUCUCUCUUAUUCUGGCUCCACAGGCUGUCUGUUACUUAGAUGAAUAUAAUGAGAUGUUGGACUUCAUCGUACGGUGGUCAGAGAGAGCCAAAAGCCUGGUGAGAGCAAACAUCAUCUGGAACUCUUCUGUUCAUCUGCAGGAGCAAAUACGGAUGUAUCAGGUGAGAUGGGCUACAAACAAAGGUUCUGAUGUGAUAUUCAACCAGGGACAUGGUUAAACUUACAAAUACUGCUCCAUUUAACUUUUAGGCUGUCCUGCGAGAGUCUCGGGAGCUUCAUGGAGAUCUGGAGUCAAUGGCAGAGAAGGUGGAGUUGCUGUCUGAGGUGUUGCAGGUGGAGUCUAUGAGCCAGCAAGUUUGUGAGCUCAGUCGACACACUGAAGAGCUCCAGCAAAUAAUCAAGACACGGCUGCAGAGCCUGGAGGAUGCAAAUAAGGUGCAGGAAGAGAACCUCAUAUUUCACCUCUGUCUGGAAUGUUUGUAUAUUGUCUUUAAUUCAUAUUGUACUCACUGUAAAUCUGAUGAUGUCCUCAGAGUAUGGAAGCCCUGGAGUAUGAAGUCAAGGCCUUACAUGUUGCUCUGGAGCAGGUCCAAGCCACCCUGACUUCACCAGAGUUGGCCCGCCAGAGCCUCAAAGAACAGCUGGCUCAGAGACAGGUAUCCACACCGCAUUAAAACUAUAAUAAUACGGUCUUACUUACUUUACACAUUGUAGCUUGUUAACAGUUUCACACAAUAUAAACUUUCUUUGUAUUCGCAGCGCCUGCUGGCAGACAUGGAGAGCUUCAAGCAGCAGGUGCAGGCCGUGCAGCUCUGUCAGAGUGCACUGCGGGUCCCAGAGGAGGUGAUGCCCAACCUCGCCAUCUGUCGCACAGCCCUACGUCUGCAGCAGGAGGCCAGUCAGCUGCAGCACGUUGCUAUUCAGCAAUGCAACAUCCUACAGGUACAGUAGGGGGCACUGUUACUGCACCAGAGUGAUCUUAGAUCAUUGGCAUUCUUACGUCCUACACAUAAUGCAAAAUAUGAGUUCUGUAGGGAGACAUUACCAUCAGCAUGAGUUUACAUAAGCUAAUUAGAAAAGCUUCUCAGUGGAUUUUAAGGCUUCAAGCAGAGAGAAUGAAUACAAUUUAAAACAGCAAAACAAUCCCAUUUUCUGCUCCAGGAGGCUGUGGUGCAGCACGAGCAAUAUGAACAGGAAGUGAGAGACCUCCAGGGGCUGAUAGAGGAAGCUCACAAAGUCAUCCAGGACCGACCCAUUCCCUCAAACAACAUCCAAGAGCUGCAGGCCCAGAUCCUUCACCAUGAGGUACAAUACAGUAAAUCACUGACUUUUCCUUCAAAGGGAAAUGAGGCAUUGAAAGUAAGGAAACCUGAACAAGGUGUCAGUCUGAUAAUGGAAGAAAAAUAUGAAUUAUGACAUGCUCGGAUGUGCGUUCAAGUUUGUAGGAAACUUAAAAGAAAGAUGACUCAUUAUUAAGCAUAUGGAUAGACAGGACCCUAUAUAAUACUUUUUCUUUUAAUGAUAACUUAUUUUACAUCCUAAAUAGGAGCUGGCCCAGAAGAUCAAAGGUUACCAAGAGCAGAUCGCCUCACUAAACUCAAAAUGUAAGAUGCUGGCAGUGAAGGCCAAACACGCCACCAUGCUGCUGACAGUGACUGAUGUGGAGGGGCUGCCUGAGGGGCUGCAGGAGAUGGAGGAGGAGAAAUCCAAGAAAUCUUCUGCGCAGGCUGUCAUGGUCAGAGAACACAAUAUACAGUGUAACAUAAUGUUGCUGACAAAGCUGUUUGCACUUUGUGAUGACUCACUCCUGACUCAUUCUGCUAUUCCUGGCUUUUGCUUUAAAACGGUUUGACACCUUUGCCGACUAAAACUGCUUUUGCCUUAUUUACCUUUCAAUAAGGUGCACUGUGCACUGCAACAAAAAGUCAUUGCAGAUGACUAAUCUUCUCUCUCCACCUUGCUUGUCUGCUGCUCUGUUAAUAUUUCUUGCAUGGCGUGUCAGAUGACAGCUGGCCGCUGUCACACCCUCCUGUCUCCUGUAACUGAGGAGUCUGGUGAGGAGGGCACUAACAGUGAGGUCUCUUCUCCUCCCGUCUGUCGCUCUCCAUCCCCCAUCACUUACACUGAGGCCACUAUAACAAAGGUAUCUACCUCACUUCUAACUUUUGGAAGCUUCUCCCCCAGCUGUCCUUGACUUACAGCCAAACUGCUCUCAAUGUUUAAAGUCUUGUUUUCCAUCUGAAAUAUUAUACCCUGUAUGCUUCCUCUCGUUCUUCUGUGUUUUUGUGUUAACUUUCUUGCAAAACAAAACACUGUCAUUAUUCCCUGUCUGCAACGCAAAGUUCAUCAAAACUAACAGUGAAAUUGGCUUUAUGGGAGUUUCUGUUUGCCGUCAAUCUGAUGCCUAAUUUGUCUCAUCUGCCGAUGCCUCUGUUUAAAUAUUCUUUAAGGUGGGAAGGGGAACACUAACCCGAGCUCCCAUCCAAGAAUUAUAUGACCCAACAUUUGAGUCUGUGGCCAACUUAGAUGACUUGCAGCGCUCGUGGGAGACACUUAAGAAUGUGGUAUGUGAAUAUAAAGGUCAACAUGUUGGCGGUCUAUUGAUUCUCGGUGAACCCACUCGUGUUUUAAGACCAAGCACAUUAAAAUUGUCAAUAUUGUUUUCCAACAGAUCAGUGAGAAGCAGAGGUCUCUGUAUGAAGCUCUGGAGAAGCAGCAGCAUUACCAGGGUUCACUUCAGUCUAUCUCAUCCAAAAUGGAAGCUCUGGAAGCCAAACUGAGCGAGCCUCUGGAGGCAGAUAAAAGCCCAGAUAGCCACAUUAAGGCACAUGAGGUGAGUCAUUACAGUCCAGUAAAGGGUUUCCAACAGUUUGAUGGAGAGAGAGCUCUCACAGGUACCGAGUAGGAGGUUAUCAUACUGUUGGAGUAAUGUCAAAUAAUAAUGAUUCAACAGCCUAAGAUAAGGGUAAUGUAAAAUACACUAAUCAAAUAAAGAGAGUCAUAUAGUCAGAUGAUGCAGGACUGUUUAAAAUAUGUAGAUGUAUUUGAUUUGUAUACAAAUCAAUCAAGCUCUUUAAUUUCAGCAGUCUUUUUUUAGCUCCACAAAACUAAUGUAGUUUGAUUAAGUGGAUAAAAUAAAGUAUUAAAGUCCCGUCUAUUCACAAUAUUCACACUGAACAGUUUCAGAUACAGUUGCACUUUCUACAUACAAACUACAGUAGGAGAAAGGAAAAUGACAAUGCCACAGCCAGUAUGUUGUAACAGCUGCGAUAAUCUUGUUCUCUGCAGGGUCUGAUUGAAGAGAUCCAGAGUGUGCAGGAGGAAAUCAACAAGCUGCAGACCAGCUUCACAGAGGACCUGGCCUCUGAGGCUGUGGACUCAGACGUGGCUGACCAGCUGGCCAUGCAGUCGUCCCUCGCAGUCUUAGCUGAGCGGAUGGCCACCAUCCGCAUGAAGGCCUCAGGGAAACAGCAAGUACUGGAGGUAGGUUAAAAAUGACUGACAGUAAGUUACUAGUGAAGGAGUAGAUAGUUGUUUUUUGUCAAUGUGUAAGUAAUUACAGCUGAUAAAACGAGUGUUUUCUGUCCCAGGAGCGAGUUUAUGACCGUCUGGAGGGUGAACGUCAGGAGCAGGCCAUACAGCUCCAUCAGUCACGGGCAAAUGAACUGGAGCAAUGGCUGAUCAGAACACGAGGUGCGGUAGCCUCCAUCCUUGAACCUCCAGAGGAGACAGACAUGGAGGAUCAGCUGGCUGAAUGUCAGGUAAGAGCUCCCCCUGCUGUUCAUUCAGAGCAAUAAACACAAACAUAUUCAUUAUAAUUCUUUAUUGAAUGAUAUUAACUAAUCUGUUCGUAUAGAAAUAAGAUCUCUUAAUGAUACAAAUAUGGGACGGGUCAUCAGAGAUGCAGCUCUGUCUGCCAAACUGUUAUUUUCUGUAAAAUCAGCAAAUGCUUUCAGGUCAGCACUCUAAUGCAAGUUUUCUAGGGGAUUAUUUUCAUUAUUUACACUCUAGUAUUUUGUUUCCCCUUUCACAUAUGGAUCACUCUAGGGGGGCAGGGACUUAAGUGGGUAAACAAGAGUAUUAGAGGCGUUAGAGGGGCAUACAGGAGGCUGGGCUCCUAAGCGACUGAAAUACUAGUCUUAAGCAGAUUAUGCAGAUGCCCCUGUGUGACAGGGGCCUGUUAGCAGGAGAGGGCGGGGAAGUCAGUGGUAGUGGUGAUCAGCUGAUUAAUAGAUCCCGCUGCUCGGAUUGGUGUUGGUGACAAAGCUGCUAGAAUAUCCAAGUAGGGGAAUCCUAAAGACCGGCGAGGAAAGGCGGGAGGGAGGGAGUUACUCUCUGCCUCAGAAAAACCUGCUGAAGCCGAUUGAUUGCUGAGUAGUAGCAACACUCGUAGAGGACAAAUGUUUCUUCAGACAUUGGAACAACGUUCAUUGAUGGGCAUAUUUCACUGGACUGGACUCAGGAUGGUGUUCUGCAUAGGGGAACUGCUUUGUAAUCUGAGUGUUAGCAUGUUUGCUGCAGGGCACAGAGCGUGAAGGAUUAGUGGUAGUAUGUUGCACAGGAGGCGAGGCCGGAGAGGUGGGCCAAGGAUGAAAGCAGAGGGAAAGCUCUGCGUGUCCUGUGGCUGGAGAAAGCUGCUGGUGUAAGGGGGGGCGGGUUCAGUCAGACCCUGGUUUACUCCAGAGCUGCUGGCCGUGUUGGGACACCAUGUUUGAGCUGGCCUCUCUCCUCCUGCUCCUGCAGAACAUGCUGCUGGAGAUUGAGGAGAAGGUGCUGGCGCUUUCGGAGCUGUCAAUGCACAGCGAGAACCUGCUGCUUGAGGGUCGGACGGAGACGAGGGAGGAAGCUGAACAACUCGCUAGGAAGUUACGCACCUUAAAGGGAGGCCUGUUGGAGCUGCAGCGGAUGUUACAGGACAAACAGAUUAAUAUCCAGGUGAGGAGGCUGCAUACUGAACCAAUGUGUGUACAUUCACUGCCAAACCUCCAAUAAUACUGGAGUCACUCCCUGCAAUGGGUUUAUUCCUAACAGUGGACACAAUAACAUGUUAAGACAAUGUGUUUGACGUCUUCUUUCCUAGUGCAGCAUUAAGAAUACUUCAGGACGUGAAUAAAUUCAGACUUGAUUCCCUCUCAUUGCUUUUGUAUCUACCAGUCAAAUACAGCUACAGCCGAUAACAGCACGAGUUUAAAUGUGUUUGAUGGGUCUUUGUAUGUGCUGACGUGUGUUCUUCAUAUGUUGUAAAUGAUCUGGCUCUGCAGGGGUCUCUGCAGGAGCAGGAGGACAGUGAAUCAGACUCCAGCCUCUCCCAGAGUCCAAGUCUGCAAGACUGGCUGGCCCAGGCGAGGACCACUCGAUCUCAACAGCACCAGGACAGCCUGCAGAGACAGAGGGUAUUUAAUCACAAACAAAUUUGUUUACUUCAAUGUUGUGCAAAUUCCAGUCCAACUGUUUUAUGUUUGUGUUUUAGGAACUGGAAGAGCAGCUCGCAGAACAGAAAAAGUUGCUCCAGUCGGUUGCGAGCAGAGGAGAGGAGAUACUCAUCCAACAGGCCUCCCCAAGCAGUGCCAGGUGCGUUAAAUCCUAUUAAAACAUACAUGUAAAUACCUAUGUGACAGAUGACUAAAAGUAUCCAUUAAUUCAUGUUUCUGUCUCCUUACAGCACAACAGAGCCGUUCUCACCGGCAGCUUUGGUUGAGAGGGAAUCUCAGGCAGCUCGAGAGCAGAUGAGGCAGAGGUGGGAGAGCCUGAGACUGGACCUGAGAACUAAACUGCAGCUCCUCCAGAAAACCCUGGAGCAGGACCACAAACAGCCGGUACAAAUCCUUUGACAUUUUUCUUGUUAGCAUAAAUUUAAAAAAGGGUGUCAGUUAUUGAUUCAGAAAGCCACUAUUUUUGUUUUUGUCGGGGUUGUUGCAGGUUUACUCCAGAGCUCCUCGCGUGACCACAGCUGGAUCGCUGUACAAAGAGGAAACUCAGGCAGACAAAUCCUCCCUGAAUACUCUGUAUGAUAGCUUCAGACAUACAAUCGAGGACAUGACCACUCAGGUUUUACAAUUUUUUCAACACUAACAUUCAUUUUAAUUCACAACAUUGCAGCAUUUGGAUAUGUCAUUCAACAAGUGUCAUGAAAUAUUCCUACACAGCCUGGUGGUGGUGAGACACAGGUGCCGCAGAUGGAACAGCAGCUCUACGCAGCUGUGUCAUCCACCUCCUCCUGGCUGGAUGGUGUGGAGAACAACGUCUUCUCUGGCUCUGUGCUGCUGGCUGAAAAUGCAGAGACGCAGCUACAAAAGCAGGAGGUACAAAGCUCGUUUUUGCUGCUUCUUUAUUUAUUUUUUAUUUUUUAUUUUUCUUAAUUUCUUUUAACUGUCCUGGACUCUCUUCCAGACUUUAGAGAACGAUGUGAGACAUGUCACAGAGGAGGUGAAGCACAGUCAGGCGUUACUCUCUGGAUCUUCAGUGUUGGGACAAGAUGACCGAGCGCUCCUGGAGGACAACCUGGACUGCCUGAAAGAAAGACUAGGAGCUCUGGGUUGUGCUCUGGGACAACGCUGUGACCACUUAAGGACUAAAGCACAUGAGCUCACAGCGUACCAGGUUUAUGCAGCCUCUUGAAUUUGUUGUUUUUCAGGAAUCUCUGUUUCAUUUUCUUAAAGACGGAGCAAAAGAGAGAUUUUGCAGCUUGUAAAACAGUUCUGGACUUAAUCUGCUUUGUCAAAUCUAUCAUUUUUACAAAAAAUUACACCAGUUAUCAACACCCGGCUUUAUUUCAUUUGUGUAAAAGAAAAUAUUAUUCAUUUAUUAUCAUAUCUACCAUCUAUCAGACUUCCUCUGUCCUAAAACUGUCUUUUUUUCUUGAACUCAGACUGAGUUGCAGCUUCUCCAGACUGCUUUAAUCGAGACCAAGUGCCAGAUCCUACAGGCCUUAGCUGGAGCCAUGGACAGACCAGCCCCAAAACAACUGGAGGUAAUACUCAGGGAUAAAUAUUAACGCACAUAGACGCACUCUUCUGGUCUCCCAUCAUAGCUAACACGAAACAAAAGGUGAUCAUGAGCCUCAUCUCUCUUAGGUUAUUGGCGGUGCCGAGGACAGCCUGAAAGACUUUGAGCAGAGGAUUUCAGAGCUCAAGAGUAGAGGAACUUCACUGCAGGCGGAUCAGAUAUCUACCAACAAAAUACUGAAACUCCAGGUAAUUCACAUUACGGUUGAUAGAUAGACCUUGAAAAUUGUUUCAGGUACUUUGUGAACACUUCUUUGUGAUCCUCUCGGUGGAAUAAUUUUGGCAAAAUAAAAUAAAUUCUGCUUCCAGGAUUCCUAUGAGGAGCUGGUGAUGACAGUCGGAUGCCGGCGAAGCGGUCUGAACCAGAACAUGGCUCUGAAAGAACAGUACGAGCGAGCUCUGCAGGACCUCACUGACCUGGUGGACACAGCUAAAGAUAAGAUGGCUGCUGACCAGAGGAUCAUUGCCAGCUCUGUUGAGGAAGUCCAGAACCACCUGGACAAGCACAAGGUUGGCCGAUUCAACUCUGUUAAACAGGCCAGACUGAUUAUCACACUGUGAAACAUCUAACAUUUUUGAACCUGGAGAUGAACCUCAUUUGUGUUUGUGCCAUUGUGUGUCUGAUUGUGUUCUCCAGGAGUUCUUCCAGGGUUUGGAGUCCCAUAUGAUUCUGACAGAAACAUACUUCAGAAAAAUUAGUGCCCUAAUGCUUCCUAAGGAGAGCCAGACCCUGGAGGAGACACUGGCUGAGGCUCAGAGCAUCCUUAAAGAAGCACACAGCAAAGGAGUGGAGCUGGAGUGUAUCCUGGAGGUGAGAGAGGAGUUUUGGUUCACUAUUUACACACUGAAUAAUUGUGCACGAGUCUAGAGGGACUUUUAAAUGUUUAAUGGUGGAAAAGUAAUCCACUGUUUCUAAAAUCUGCUGUGUGAUUCCAGUAAAAGAUCAUAAUGAAUUUUAAGUAUUUCUAUUAUUGAUACUUAUACAAGCUUGAAACGAUAAGAAGCUCAGUUUUCUGUGUUUUUUUAAAGUGGUUUUAGGUUUGUAGCUGUUUCAAUUUUUUUUAAAUUUGUUCGUACAGACUUGGUGCCGCUUGGUUCAGGAUUACCAAAGUCUGAAUCGGCAGCUGGAAGCAGUUGAAGGGAGUAUACCUUCUGUUGGCCUGGUGGAAGAGACUGAGGAAAGGCUCAUGGACAGAAUCUCCUUGUAUCAGGUAUGAAUAGCCAAGCAAGCUAGCACGCUGUUUGUGUCUUCCAUUAAACCUUCAGAUUUUAGUGUCACUUGUCUAAGAUGGAGUUGUAAAUCUACCUCUCCUACUUCUCUGUAAAGGGCUUGAAAGGGAGACUGACAGAGCACCAGCACAAGCUCUACCAGGUGCUGGAUGAGGGCAAACAUCUCCUGCUGUCAGUGUGCUGUCCUGCACUGGAGAAUCAGCUCGCUCUGCUGGGUGAACACUGGCUCAACAACACCGGGAAGAUCAACAAGGAGCUCCAGCGUCUGGAGGCGAUCCUGAGACACUGGACCAGGUUUGGAGCACAACAGAAUAUGAACUUUUAUUUUAACCAUGAGUACAAAUAAUGCGUAUUCAUUGGAUGAGCUCUGUUUUGAAUCCAGGUAUCAGAGGGAGUGUGCAGAGCUCAGCCAGUGGCUUCAGUCGGCGCUGGAGCGUCUGGAGUUCUGGAACACACAGGCAGUGUUAGUCCCACAGGAGCUGGAGACUGUCAGAGACCACCUCUCCGCUUUUCUUGUAAGCCUAAAGAUAUAUAUACAUUUAUUUAUUUUACUCGUAUUCAUCAACAGAGUCAGGCUCCUUGCUCCGGGAAUAGAAUGCGACAGAAUUUGACUGAACCAAUCGACUGCUUUAUUCAAUUUCAGUUAAAUUCUUGAUGUGCUGCUAAUAAACUUUGACCAGUUGUUCUAAAAAUAGAGAAAAUCAUUUGCAAGACUCCUCUCAGUCUAAUGAGAUUAUGUGUGUCGACAAACAGAAGAAUUUAUGAAUUAGUACUUAAAUAAAUUCCUGCUCUAAUGUCAGUGCCUCUGUCAGGGGCAGUAAUUAAAUUAUUUGUAAUAUCAAAGAUGGACUAAAGACGAUGUAAACUAACUGAAGAGAAGCACAAAGCAUCACAAACUCAGGACCAUGGUACUUUAAAGUGAAAGUGAAUUUUACUUUAUGGUGUCAGCGGAGGGAGUUAUGAUUGAUUGUUGCUGUUUUGUGUGUAAAAUCUUCAUAAAACCUCUGAAUCUCUGUCUCAGGAAUUUUCAAAGGAAGUUGAGAGUAAGUCCAGCCUGAAGAACUCGGUGGUAACCGAGGGCAACCAGCUGCUGCGCCUGAAGAAAGUGGACACGGUGGUGCUGCGGUCCGACCUGGCUCGCAUCGACACCCAGUGGACGGAGCUGCUCACACGCAUCCCGGUGGUCCAGGAGAAGCUGCAUCAGGUAUUGUCACAUGCAUCCAGCCUGCACAGGCUUAUCGUGUCCGGGAUGAUAGGAUUAGCCUUUUCUGAUGCUUCAUUUGUAUACGGAUAAUUUUGUACAGUGUCGCUCUUAUAUAGCAGAUGUGUCGUUCUCCGGUCUUAUGGAUUUCAUUUUCAUUCUUAGAUCCAGAUGGAGAAGCUGGCCUCCCGUCAUGCCAUUUCUGAGCUGUUUAACUGGAUCGCACUGAUGGAGAACGUCAUCGAGGAGGAUGAAGAAAACCUGAAGAGUGCAGUGGGGUCAAAUGUGAUACAGGACUACUUACAAAAAUACAAGGUACACAAAGUUUUUAAGAUUUUUUUUAGAAGUCAAAUAUGUUUUAUGUCUUUUUGAGCGUAGUUUUGUUUUUCAUGACUGCAUCUUUCACUGUUUCUUAUCAACACAAUGAAUUAUGCACUAAAAACCACUUCAGGAUUGUGGUCACGAGUUUGUGACUUCUUCUCUGAUUGUGAAUCUACAUUUCCUUUUCUUCGAUUCAGGGCUUCAGAGUAGAUUUAAGCUGUAAGCAGCUGACUGUGGACUUUGUGAACCAGUCAGUGCUGCAGAUCGGCGCUCAGGAUGUGGAGAGCAAACGCAGCGAUAAGACUGACUUCGCUGAACGACUUGGAGCCAUGAACCGGCGCUGGCAGAUCCUACAAGGCCGCAUCAACGAGAGAGUGAGUUCAUGACCCAUGAGGUUUGUCGUUUGCUCUUAGGUGCAAAAUCAGAAUAUUAAAGUUAUAGUUGUUUGAAUAACGUUGCAGAUUCAGUUUCUGGAAAGCCUUUUGGGGAUGUGGUUGGAGUAUGAGAGCAGCGUUCAGGCUCUGAAGUCCUGGAUGGGAGCGCAAGAGGAGAGGUUAAAGAGGAAACCUCGGAUUGAGGAUUUGACUUCGGUGCAGAAUGCUCUCAAAGACUGCCAGGUAAACUUUGACUGAUUAACUGAAACACAUCAUGCUGUAUAUCCCAGCAUGCAUCAGGCUGGUUGAGUUGAAAUGUGAAAACUCAAUUGCAGGAAAUGGAAGAGUUGGUGAAGGAAAAAGAGAAAGAGCUUGAGAGGGUGGAGGAGCAGGGCUGUGCCCUUGUCCAGAACAAGACUGAUGAAGCCUGUGCUAUCGUCAUGGAGACGCUCCAGGGUGUCAAUCACACCUGGGCUAACCUGGACCACUUGGUGAGCUCCUCUCUUUUCCUAUAUUUUGAAUUUGUGGACCCAAACAUUCUUCUGCACUCUGCUCUACCCUUCCUGUUUUACACAGCCUCACUUUGUGUGUCCCCUCAUCAGAUCGGGCAGCUGAAGAUCAGCCUGAAGUCGGUGCUGGAUCAGUGGAGUCUCUACAAGCGCGCUUCAGAGGAGAUCAAUGGUCACCUGAUGGAGGGAAGGUACUCUGUGUCUCGCUUCCGCCUCCUCACGGGGUCUCUGGAGGCUGUUCAGCUGCAGGUGCAGAGUCUGCAGGUAUGGUCAGAGAAAGGAGAGUUUAUUAUACCUUACAGCUGGUCUGGUUAUUGUGCUUAUUUGUGUUUCUAAAAUCCAGCUGCAGUUAAAGUAAUGCUGCUGUUUUUAGUCGGAAAAUGUUAGUUCCCGUGUAUCGUUUGUCCCUGUUGGUGAAUUGAACUCUGUCUUUCAUCUGUGAAGGAUCUGCAAGAGGAACUGGAGAAACAGGAGAGCAGUCUGAGGAAGUUUGGUGCUGUGACCCACCAACUGCUGAAGGAGUGUCACCCCUCUGUGUCAGACUCUCUCAACAACGCUCUUAAGGAUGUCAAUGCAAGGUGAUAUUUAUGAGCUCCAAUCAUUUCUCCUCGCUUUAUUUAGCAGCUGAUAUUUAUGGAGUGAAGCUGUGAUCAUUUUAGCCGAUUAUUAUCAUUUACACUACUUGAUGCCAUGUUUGGGUUCAGAUGGACUGGUUUACUGGAGGAGAUUGCAGAGCGUCUGAGGAGCAGCAAAGCCCUCCUUCAGCUGUGGCAGCGUUACAAGGAGCUGUACGAGCAGAGCUGCAGCAGCAUCCAGCUGCAGGAGGAGAAAGCAGACCAGCUGCUCAAGCUCGCCUGCAGCAAAGACAUCGCCGACGAGGAAGUGUCCGACUGGAUCCAAGAAUGCAGCGUGAGUGAGACCACAGCUCCCCUGCUGUUGAUAAAUUCUCCAUUAAUGACUUUUACUCUUGCCAAAACUUUACCUCCUUUACUUUAAAUUUUACUACUUUGUCUCAGGAGGUGCUCCGGUCUCAAGCUCCAGUUCAGGCCUCCCUGCAGGUUCUUCAGGAACUGGGAGACCAGCUGAAGCAGCAGGUGGACACAUCAGCAGCCUCUGCCAUCCAGUCAGACCACCUCUCUCUCUCGCAGCGGCUGACUGCUGUGGAGCAGGCACUCAACAGACAGCUCACCACAUUACAGGUCGAGCAAAAGAUAAAUUAUAAAUGGUUUGACAAUCAGUGCUAUGUGGUUUUAAGCUAAUGGGUCACUGAUUUUUAUCCUGCACAUCAGACUGGAGUACAAGACUAUGAGACCUUCAAUGAUCAGCUGGAUUCACUGGGAGGCUGGAUAGUUGAAGCUGAGGAGGCUCUGAGGGUGCAAGACCCCAACGGCUCCACAGAUCUGUCCGUUAUCCAGGACCGCAUGGAGGAGCUGAAGGUCUGAGUGAUGGUUUUAAACAUGAAAGUCAUUCAGCAGAAUCAGUUUGACCCUAUUUUGACCCUGCAUUUUAACAUUUGUCUCUGGUCUUCAUGCAGAAGCUCAUGCUGAAAUUCAGCAGUAUGGCUCCAGAGCUGGAGCGUCUCAAUGAACUUGGCUACCGACUUCCUCUCAAUGAUUCAGAGAUCAAGCGAAUGCAGAAUCUCAACAGAAGCUGGUCUGCAGCCUCGGCACAGACCACAGAGAGAUUCAGGUAUGAAGAAUCCAGAAAUGAGUGCAGUAGUUGUGCAGAAAUGUCAGUUUCUUAUACAAGUGGGUGUGCUAAUGAGACACUUCAUUUGCUAAUUUGUUGUUUUGGUCCCUGCAGCAAACUUCAGUCCUUCCUGCUGCAGCAGCAGACCUUCCUGGAGAAGUGUGAAACCUGGAUGGAGUUCUUGGUCCAAACUGAAGAGAAUCUGGCUGUGGAAAUAUCUGGGAACUUUCAGAGUUUGAUGGAGCAGCAAAAAGCUCAUGAGGUAAGAGUUCCUCCUAAAGUAAAACACUCUGAAACAGCUGCUUUUAAAGCAUAUAAAUCAUUGAUUAUCAUUUUUGCUCUCGCAGUUAUUUCAGGCUGAGAUGUUCAGUCGGCAGCAGAUCCUCCACUCCAUCAUCAGUGAUGGACAGAGGAUGUUGGAGCAGGGUCAGGUAGAUGACAGGUAAAGUCAAUUUGAUGUGUCUUAGAUAAUUCUUGACCUUAUGCAUUCAUUCGUCUAUAUUUACCAUCAAAAGUAACUGUUUGGUUUCUUCCUUCUGCAGAGACGAGUUCAACAUGAAGCUGGCUCUCCUGAGUAACCAGUGGCAGGGCGUAGUUCGGCGCGCUCAGCAGAGACGGGGCAUCAUCGACGGUCUGAUCCGGCAGUGGCAGCGCUACAGAGAAAUGGUGGAGAAGCUGCGCAAAUGGCUGGUGGAGGUCUCCCAUCCUUCAGAGGCCCUUCAGGCAGGAUCCACAGUGCCUCUGCAGCAGGCUCGCUCCAUGCUGGAUGCUGUCCAGGUCUGUAAAGUAAAAGCUUUCAGAGUCCACAUGUCAGAUUUUUGUGAUGCUGCAGAGAAAACAGAGUAGAAAUGUGUGGUGACUGUGAGGUCACUUGAACAGAUCUGUAGCUAAAUAAUUUCAUUUUCUACACCAGCUAAAGGAGAAGGUGCUGCAGCGUCAGCAGGGCAGCUACAUCCUGACGGUGGAGGCUGGCAGACAGCUGCUCCUGUCUGCUGAUAGUCGGGCAGAGGUGGCUCUGCAGGCAGAACUUACCGACAUCCAGGAUCGAUGGAAACACGCCAGCGUCUGCCUGGACGAGCAGAAAAAAGAUCUUGCCACCUUGUUGAAGGUAAAAUAUUCACUUGCUGACAGAGGAGAGAAUAAGGGGGCAUUGGAGUAAUACUAAACAUGUCUCUUCUUUAGUUUUUUUGAAAGGGACACAAUUAGUAAUGAAAGAAAAACUAUAUAACAGUACAAUCUAAUCAUACCUGAAGUGAUGAGGUUGCAAACACUGUUUCUGUCAUGUACAGGACUGGGAGAGGUGUGAGAAAGGUAUCGGCGGAUCUCUGGAGAAACUGAGAGCCUUCAAACGCCAGCUGUCCCAGCCCCUCCCUGAUCACCACGAGGACCUGCAAGCCGAGCAGAUGCGCUGCAAUGUAAGAGCCUCCAGGCGUUCUCCAGUCAUCUCAUCUUAAUAAUUAAACUCCACUGUCCAAUUAAACAUAGCUUUUGUGACAUUACAGGCGUGGAAGUAGAGUAAUCAGAGUUAGUUUUUGUCAAUAACUUCACCUGCUGUGCUGACCUCAAACAAAUGAGCUGAAAAUCUAAUUUAUCAAAAUAAUACAACAUUUGAUUUCAUGACAGGACCUGGAGAAUACAUUUGACGGCUGGACGGGGGAUAUGGCUCAUCUGAAUGUCCUGAGAGAGUCCUUAUCGUGCUACAUCAGUACUGAAGACUUGUCCGUCCUGCAGGAGAGGAUUGAGCUGCUGCAUCGACAGUGGGAUGAAAUCUGCCACCAGGUAUGACAACACUUUUUUAGAUAGCUAGAGAAGCAGCUACAAAUACAGGGUUGACAGCCACACCCUGAAUCACACACUGGUAACCAUGAAGACUCAUAGAUGUGAUCAUCAAAAACACCAGUCUCAUCUCUGCAGUUCCUUAAGACUCCAAAUGGUGAUGCUAAUGUCAAGGGAAAGACAGGCCUGUUGUAUACUGAUCUCUUAGUGUCAGUGAGCUAAAUGUAAAAUAAAACUUAUCACCAUUUAGGGGAAAGAUGUGAAUCUUGAAAGAGAAACGUUUGAAGUAGAUCUGAAGAAUUUCCUGUUUUUCAAUUUCUACAUUUGUUAAGAAAUCAUGACCUGCAACAGUUACACCCUUGGUAAGAUUGCUUAAAUGCAGCUUUGAGUGGCACACAAAACUCCGACUAUCUGCAACAGUUGGUUUGGUGUGCAAAGUGAAAACCUCAAGGUAAUUUUUUUUCACGAGUCGCAUCCUGUGCAGAGAAGAUAAAACACACACACAGGAAACACACAGACACACACAGCUGCUGCUUGAUGCAAAUGAACCGUUGCUGUGCAGUGAUCUCUGUACCGCUGCUUCCUUUUGACACUAAUGGAUGUUUGUUAAUAUUUAACAUUAUUCACACUCUACACCGAUGCACUUAAAAAUGGCUCUGUGCGUCUCUGCAGCUUUCUCUGCGCAGGCAGCAGGUGAGUGAGAAGCUGAAUGAGUGGACUGUGUUCAACGAGAAAUACAAGGAGCUCUGCGAGUGGCUCACCAACAUGGAGAGCAAGGUAUCCCAAAACGGAGACAUCAGCAUCGAAGAGAUGAUCGAAAAGCUCCGCAAGGUAAAUAUAUCUGAGUGGAUUUUCAGUUUUGCUGCAGUCAGUUUUUUAAGAUACUGUGGAUCUUAGAAUUAUCUCUGGACUCUGUUAAAAUGAUACUCUGCUGUUACUGAUUGAGGACUGACAUGUUAAAGAUUUAGUUUCAGCUACACUUGAUUUAUUGUUGUAAGAUAUCUUUUUUUAUCCUGUCUAAUCUUGAACGUGUUCUGUUUGCAUCACUCAUAUUCGUUGGCCUGUGUCACAAACAAACUCAGACUCAUCCAUCACUCCCCUCUUUGAUUCUGCUGCACUCAAAAGCAUCGCUGCCUUUCAUCCAUCUAGACCUUUUUAAAUUACCUUCAUGUCUUGUUUUGCUUUCAGGACUACCAGGAAGAGAUCACUGUGGCCGAGGAGAACAAGCUGCACCUGCACCAGCUGGGAGAGCGUCUGGCCAAAGCCAGCCACAAGAGCAAAGCAGCUGAAAUUGAGCAAAAGCUCAACAAAGUCAGUGACCGCUGGCAGCACCUCCUGGACCUCAUUGGAGCCAGGUGAACAAACUAGUUUAAAUGAGCAUGAAUAACCACAUAGUUAGUUCCAGCAUAUCCUCUUUUGGAGAUACUGCUUUAUCAUGAGCUGACAGAGAUGAACGAAUUAUUUUAAUAGGGUGAAGAAGCUGAGAGAAACUCUGGUGGCUGUGCAGCAGCUGGAUAAGAAUAUGAGCAGCCUUCGCUCCUGGUUGGCUCACAUCGAGACAGAACUGUCCAAACCUAUUGCUUACGACUCCUGUGACUUCCAGGAGAUUCAGAGGAAGCUCGACCUACAACAGGUGAGACACGUCACCUAUAAACACAGAUUUAAUUUGACAAUAUAAGUGUGUAUUCUCUGUACAUACUGAUCCAAAUUGAUCGUUUCUUUGUUCCUUCACUGCUCAGGAGCUUCAGCGGGACAUAGAGAAACACAGCACAGGCGUCGCAUCCGUGCUGAAUCUCUGCGAGGUGCUUCUGCACGACUGUGACGCCUGCGCCACCGAUGCAGAGUGCGACUCCAUCCAGCAGGCAACCCGUAGCCUUGACCGCCGCUGGAGGAGCAUCUGUGCCUUGUCUAUGGAGAGGAGAAUCAAGUAAGCUAUCAGAUAUUAGAUAAAAAAACAAAAAAGAUGGGUGGAUGACGGGAUGAUGUAUUCACAUUGAUUUCUCAUUAUCAGGAUUGAGGAGACUUGGCGUUUAUGGCAGAAAUUCCUGGAGGACUUUGCACGGUUUGAGGAGUGGCUGGCCACUUCAGAAAAGACCGCUGCUCUGCCCAACUCUUCUGGUGUUCUGUACACUGUAGCCAAGGAGGAACUGAAGAAAUUUGAGGUACCAUUUCCCACAAAAACAGACACAUCAGAGGAAGAAGAAGGGAGCAGUUGAUUUAUCAUAUCUAUAAAUUUCUGUGUACCUACAGGCCUUCCAGAGGCAAGUCCAUGAAAGUCUAACACAACUGGAGUUAAUCAACAAGCAAUACCGCCGUCUGGCUCGAGAAAACCGCACUGACUCUUCCUGUCGCCUGAGGGAAAUGGCUCACGAUGCAAAUCAGCGAUGGGACAACCUGCAGAAGAGGGUGGCAUCGAUCCUCCGCAGGCUUAAGGUACACGCAUCACUUCCUUUCCUGUUUUCAUCAAAACUCGAGUCUUUUAUGCGUCUUUUCUGUAUCCUUAAGCAUCUGUGCCUGUUUGACUAGAAUAUCUGCAGUGUGAUUCAUACUCACUGAAGUGUCUCUGUCACUACUCUGCAGCACUUUAUUAGUCAGAGAGAGGAGUUUGAGACAGCCAGAGACGGCAUCCUGGUGUGGCUGACGGAGAUGGACCUGCAGCUGACCAACAUCGAACACUUCUCAGAGUGUGACAUUCAAGCCAAGAUCAAACAACUCAGGGUACGUUUGUCGACUUCAUAACCAUAUGCAAGUCAUACUGAUGAGUUUUUUCAUUGUACUGAGUACCAGAUAUGAGUAUAUGUAUUUAUUGUGGCUCAAAAGUUUCUGAAGUUUUCUGCCAAGUUCAGGCUUUUCUUAUUACUCUUAGAGCAAGCAAGGUCAACAUGCUUUGAGAACUACUUUGUUAGUCCUGCCUCUUGAUUUGUUUGGAGAACUACAAGAAUUCUCUCUGUACAUGACUAAUCUAUAUAAUUUUUUGCAGCCUGACUUGUCAUUCUUCUCAUAUUUGCAGUAAGGAGCAGCUAAACCAAUAAUGCACAGUUAUUUUGUCAGAUGCUAUCAAACAAAUCAUACUUUGAUUUUAAUGACUCAAUCGAAUCAGGAAGUAAGAUUCUGGAUUAGGUUGCAUAAUGCGCUUGUGUUUAGCAUUGAAAUCAGGGCAGAUGCUAACUUGUUUUUUUUCUAUGCUCUACUUCUUCUUCUUCUUCUUCUUCCGGUUCUGCAGUCGUUCCAACAGGAGAUCUCCCUCACUACAGCUAAGAUCGAACACAUCUUCCAUCAGGGCGAGGCGCUGAUAGAGAAGAGUGAACCUCUUGAUGCCGCUGUCAUCGAGGAGGAGCUGGAGGAGCUGCAGCGCUACUGUCAGGAAGUGUUUGGCCGCGUGGAGCGCUACUACAAAAAGCUCAUUCGGCUUCCUGUAAGACCUGAAAUCAAGAUGAAGCAUCAUGCAACAGUUUAAUUUUUCAGUCUGAAGUUUAAACUUGUUGUCGUGUCUGUUUUCUGUAGCUUGCAGACGAUGAUACUGAGGUGUCGUUAUCGGACCGUGAGCUGGAGCUGGACGAACCCGGUGAUUUGUCCAGCUUGCCAUGGAACGAGCGUUUAGGGGACGGUUUCCUGUCACCUCUGCCCUCCUCAGGUCGCUCAGCCUCUAUAGCCGCUCAGUUUAGGACAGAGCGCUCAGGCAGGGACACCCCAGCCAGCGUGGACUCCAUCCCCCUGGAGUGGGACCACGACUACGACCUGAGCCGUGGGCUGGAGAGCGCCAGCAGGGCUCUGAGGGAGCAGCAGGGUGAAGAGGGAGACUUCCUCCAGAGGCCCGCCUCAGCCCUGUCAGGUCAGUUUGAAACACACAGAGUCUUAGAAGAUGUCCACAGUUUUGUCAUAACACUAGGGAACUUCAUGUGUCGUUUAAAGGUGUAGUUACAAGAAUCAACUUUACCAUCUCUUCUCAUUCUCACGGAUGUCAAAAAACAAAAUAAAUAAAUGUCUUUUUAGAUUCUGAUCUGUGCAAAAACAACACGACACCACUGUGAAAACACAGUAUUCAAUAGCAGCUCUGACACGGAAACAGUCAUCUACAAAAGAAAGUGUGACGUCUCCACUGAGCAAAAGUUCUUGAAAUUUAAUUUACUUUUUUUUUCUUACAAUUUUGACUUAACUCUGGAUAUCCAGCCUCAUGUUACCAGUACAGUGUAUUUCUCUGUAUGUCAAACUCUGGUCAGACUCCACCCAUGCGGCGGUACACCAAACAACGUUAACCACAGCAGAUGACCUAGUUAAUCAGUAAAUGAAAUCAAACGGUGUAUUGCUCACUGCUGAAUGUCUGUACUGUACGAUGUUUCUUCCAGAUGUAGUGAUCCCAGAGAGCCCUGAGGCCUAUGUUAAACUAACAGAAAAAACACUGAGGUCCUCCACUGGUAGGCAUCAGCAGACCCCAGCAUGCCACAAGUGUUUGGGGCCAGGAAUAACAGCUGCAGUCUUGAGUGACACCACACUUGUAGCCUAUUCACCGGCUUUGAUUUGUGUUGAUUUCUCUCACACACUUUGGGCACAGGCUGUAACCAAUGGCAACACUUUUCUAACCCCGGGGGGAAUAGGAUCAAUUCCAUUUUUCUUCGUUUAAUCGCUGGUUCUGCUUUGCUGUGAAAUUCAGCAGAACUGAAAUGGAAUUCAGCCUAACCCUUCUUUUCCUAACCGGCUUUCUUACUUUGGUUUGCAGUGUGCUGUGUAGCUAACCUCUCCGGGUUUCUUUGAUGUGCAUUUUGUGUUUCAGAAAAGCAUGUUGUUUCAUUGUCUUAAGUGGAGUCUACUCUUCUUGCUGAAGGGAUUGUAGAUCUAGAAAUCAACUUUCCAAAGGCUCCAUUCAAACAGAGAGCUGAAUAUUUUUGAUGUGUGUAUUUCUGAUGGAGGAUGGAAACCUAUCAGGAGAGUGUUGCUCCCCCAGGCACCAUAAGUGAUGAGUGUUUUGGAGACCGGUCUGCAUUUGAGACACGUCCUCCAAUCAGUCCUCUUGGGUUUCUCUGUCUGAAUGGGGCUUUACGUCUUUCUUGGUUGCAAAGCACACUUUAAGUAACCAUAGUAACAGAGUAUUUAAGAGUACUUCAUCAUAAUCUGCAAAGAUUACCAGUUUAUGUGUCGUCUACAGGUGAUGCUGCCUCUUCAGACUCACAUGUUCACCCGCUGGAUGUCAGCCGUUUUCAACUGCAUCAAACCGAGAGCGGCCGCAGUCGGACGCCAACAAGCUCAGAGAUGGACGCCUCCUACAUGGGAUAUGUAUGUGUUUCAGGAGACGACACAAUGACUCCAAAAACCUUUUCUCUUCUGCACGAACUUAACGUGAUGAUAUUUUAUCUGUAAACAAAUGCCUGUACAUGUCUGUGGGAAAAAAAUCUUUAUCCCAAGGUUAAAAUCUCUGUAACGAGUGUGUUUUACACUUAUUUGAUCUAAUAUAAAAGUGCUUAUAGCCUCAUAAAUAUCUGUUCUGUAGAUGCGGCUGCUGGGUGAAUGUCGUGGCAGUAUUGACACGGUGAAGAGGAUGGGCUUUGAGCUGAAGGAGGAGGAAGACACGGUGUCUGGACUGGCGGAUCCUAGCAGCUCAGAGUCUCAGACAUCAGGUAACACAACCCGUUUUCUGCAUGUGUUCAUGAACUUUGCACUUUUUGAUAUAAAUUCACCAAUUUUUACAGCUUUCAUAAAUGUUUUUAUCGUUUCUAAAUGUGUUUUUGUUUCUUAUGUAAAACAAAUCAUUUCAACUCUAUGAUGUCUCCUCUUGAUCUGUUUGCAAACUAGGCGUGAUUGAGCGCUGGGAGCUCCUGCAGGCUCAGGACCUCAGCAAAGAGAUUCGCACCAAACAGAACCAGCAGCAGUGGCAGCAGCUGAACUCCGACCUGAACAAGAUUUGGACCUGGCUGGGAGAGACGGAGGAAGAGCUGGAGCAGCAGCGGAGGCUGGACCUCAGCACGGACAUCCAGACGAUUGAGCAGCGCAUUAAGAAGCUGAAGGUAUCGUUGUUUGUUUUUAUAUUUUAAUCUGAUUCUUCUAUCAUAAUAUUUUAAAUAUAUUUACUUGUUUAUAUCUUUUUCUAUAUUUACUGUAUAUUUAAACAUCAAGAAAAUAUCUUAAUUAGCUCAGAUUUCCAGCAUGUUCAAGGCUCCUUAGCUGACUGAGUAAUUUAUCAUGGAAAUAAGUCUUGAGACCCUUCUACCCCUCUAUCGUUGAGUCUCUGUUUCUCCGUGUGCAUUCAUUGACUAUUGAGUGUAAAUGUCUACAGGAGCUGCAGAAGGCUUAUGACAAGCGCAAGGCCAUCGUGCUGUCCAUCAACCUGUGCAGCGCCGAGUUUGUCCAGUCUGAUUCGGAGGAGUCCAGAGAGCUCCAGGCCAAACUGAAAGACAUGAACAACCACUGGGACAAACUGGGCAGCUCACUGGAGGAGUGGAGGUCCUCACUCCAGGAAGCUCUCAUGCAGUGUCAUGUAGGUGCCAGUCCUUAGACCCUCAAAAUCAUGACACAAGGCUAAAAUGUAGUAGUUUUAAGAGCUGCGAUUAUCUCCGUUUAUAGGACUUCCAUGAGAUGAGCCACGGUCUGCUGCUCUGGUUGGAAAACAUUGACCGCAGGAAGAACGAGGUGGUUCCCAUUGACCCAAUCCAGGACAGUGACACUCUCCAUGAGCAUCACAAAACUCUUACAGUACGUACCUGUCAGCUCUUUGCAUGUUUCCUGUAAAAAAACAUCAGUGUUGGUGUGAUUAGUCGAGGAGAUUGGAGGGUAGCAGCAUCAAGUAAAGAAUUAAACGCUUCAAACUGACUCUCCAAACAGCAAAUCCGACAGGAGCUGCUGGACUCUCAGCUCAAAGUGGCCUCCCUUCAGGACAUGUCCCUCCAGUUGCUGGUCAACGCUCAGGGCAGCGACUGUCUGGAGGCCAAGGAGAAGGUCCACGUCAUUGGGAACCGCCUGAAACUGCUGCUUAAAGAAGUGACACGAGACCUCCGAGAGCUCGCCAAGAUCCUGGACAUCACGAGCAGUCAACAGGUAGAUCUUCACUCAUUCUGCACUCUCUGUACUCUCAGCUUCACUGUCUGUUCUCAUAUUAAAAACCUUUCCUCCAUCAGGAUCUGUCAUCUUGGUCCUCUGCUGAUGAGCUGGACACAUCGGGUUCCCUCAGUCCCGUAUCAGGGAGGAGUACCCCAAGUCACCGACGAUCGGUAACACACACAUCUCCCAGUACAUGCUGCCCUGUGAGAAGCCAGGUGUUAGGUUACCCCUCUGAGACAGCGAAUCUAAUAACCUGUGCCCCAAAUGCCCCAUUAAAGGCCAUGUUCACCCCUGCCAUCCCAAGAGCUCUCCUCACACUCCUCGGCACAUCCACUCCCUGCUUUACACCCCCUCCCUCUGAUUUCUACACCCUCUCCUUGUCCUUGACUCUUUUGCAUGUGGUCUGUUCCCAGAGCAAAAAACCUGCCAGAGAACUCGGGAAUUCCUCCUUUUUCUAACUUCCUUAACUUUCCUCCUACUUCUCGAAUAACUCUUUCAAUUCUCACCUGUUUGUCACUUUUUCUCUUCCAGUAUUUUUACACUAAAAUCUUCUGUCCUAUGAGUCUUUUCUUCACCCCAGACUUUCCUCUAAUUUCUUCUCACCCUGUAGUUUUAAUCUCAGGAAUGCUGGCUAACAAAAAAAACAACUUUAAUUUAUAAGAAGAAGAACACAAAUGUGGUUUUAUGAUGUCAGAGGCAUGCAGUCAUAUUUGUUUUGUAGGCUGCAGUGAUUUAAAAGCGACAUUUUCCACCAGUAGAGACUCAUUAAGUAUUCAGUCCAAAUAAGCAUGCUGCUGCUUAUAUUAUGUGUAUGUUAUUAAUGUCACUGUUAUGUUUAACAGAGGAUGUCAUGAAUCACUCUGCAGACUGUUUGUUGCACUCAUGAGCCAAAAACACUUCAAAGUAGUCACACACUUUGAAAAGCCAGAUUCCUUGAUAUCACAAGUUACAAAAUCUGUCACCUUCACGUAUGAUUUUGUCGCUGCUCUUCUUUCAUUUUGGGAUUUUUCUUUUCAUCGGUAGCUUUGUCUUGAUUUGCCUGGACUGAAACAUACUUUCUUUCUUUUACCCUCCCCCCCCUGUUCAUUGCAAACAGAAACGGGGCAAAUGUAGUCUGUCACAGCCUGGACCCUCUGUGAGCAGUCCACUCCACAGGUACCUUUCUGUUGGUUUCUAGCACACCCAGAAGAUAAUGGAACUCAUCAUCCCAUGAUGCACUUGGAGGCUUAUUCAAACUCCCUAAUCCUUCCUGAGUGGGAAACCUUAGCCUUGUUAAAAAGACAACAAUGAUAAUACAAGUUUUUCGACCUUUUUUUUGCCAGAUUAGCAGAUCAUGAUAGUGAAUUCCAUCAUCUUCUGUACGUCUAGACGCUCUGUGUAGGCUAGGGGACGAGGUGAAAUGCAGCCCACACAUCCUUGAUAAAGGAGUCACACAAGGAAUGAUGCAAGGCCUCUUCUCCGCCACUGUCCUCGGCUGCUUAAUAUCGCUAACCCGAGGGCAUUUCUUACAUAUAACACAAAUACUUCUCUACGUCUAACUUUCCCUCGCUGUUACUGAGCAAUUACCGAGCCAGUACGUGUCUGCAAUGAACAAUGCAAAGGCUGCAGUUUCUCUUUCUCUCUGGCUCUCCUCCUCCUCUUUCUUCCUCUCUUGUUUGUGUACGACAUUUCUUCUUCUUCCUCUUCUGCUGCUAAAUCACCAACUAUCCACCAUCGCUCCCCCCUCAGUCUGCCAUCUGUGAGUCUUGCCUCUCAGGUCUCCAUAUGUGAAGUGAUUAAGGGGCACAUUUGGUUAAAGCAAAAAGACAGAGUCAGGGACACUUUGAUUUGAUAUUUUAUUCAUAUAUAUAUAUAAAGCUUUAUUUAUAUAUUUGAAAAGAAGACAGUUUUGACUUAAGCUGAUGGUUAUUAUUAAUUAUACAUACAUUCAACUUUCAAGCUUUCUAGUUUAAUAGAUUUUGUGUUAAAUUAGGCGUAUCAUCCUCAGGCUUUACCUUCAUAUUUAACACACAGACAUGACAGCCAUAUCAAUCUUCUCCUGUAUACUAAAGAAAAUAUAUUAAAGGCACUGUGAGGAGUUUUUCUACACAGUAAAAUAAGAAUAUUAUCUACAGGAUGGGUUAUUUCUGUAUAAUCGGCAUCAGCCCUCAUCAGGCCAUUAGCUUUUCCAAUUAAACCACAUUUUUCUCAUCAUCUAUUAACAGCAUAUCUAAAAUAGUUUGGAUUUAAAUUCUGUUAUCAUGUUUAGAAUAAACAUUUAACCUUCCUCCUGAGUUAAUUUUUACUACGCACCCACUAUGUUAAGGGUCAGUUUUGACCUGAGUCCAUUGAUUCAUUAAAAAUCAUCUAAGACAUGUUACUGGCUAAAAUAACAUGUAUAUUCAGUUUUAACAUGCAUAGAGUGAUGAAUCUGCACAUGGCUUUCUUUUUUAUUUUAACCUCAAUAUUUACCUAAUUUUUUCAGAUUGUUGGGCAGAGAUCCAAAAGUUCCUUGUGGAAGUAUUAUACUGAGCCAAAUCUGAUUAAAUGUUUGCUCAAACGGGUGUGUUUGGUCACCUUUUGUAAGCUGUCAUAACCUUACUUAGUUUCAAUUUGAUACAAUGCAGAUUUCGUCCAAAGGGGUCGCUGCCAUCAACUCAACGUGUAAACUCCUUACUGUGCCUUUAAUCUUUUCCCCUAAACUACUCCUCUGAAAAGCAGCCUAGCUAAACUACAUACUAGAAGAAGCUGUUUCUGAUUGCUAUGCUCUACUCGCCUCGGCAUGCUUUGCAUUUUCAGGGGCCAAAACCUUCCAGAGUCCCUUUUAAAGGAUUCGUCUGAUUACUCAGCUGAUACUUGCAGCAUGCCUUUUGUCUCUUAUCUUAACAUCCUCUGCAAAAGAACUCGAGCUCAGAGUUUGACUGUAUUUGUUUGAUGUAGGAUUGUACAGUUUGUCUUGUGACUGUCUCUGUAACUGUGUUUAUCCACCCCAGUCAAAGUCGGCAUGUAGAUCACAAUGUGGGACAUUGUCCAGACAUUGUUUUGAACCAUACAAGCAAUGUCUUCUGAACACAGCAUGGUGCUCACAUCAAGCACUGUCAUGCAGUUCUCCUGUCUCUGAACUGAGGUCUUAUUUGGAUUGAAAUUUGUGAGAGAAACACCUCAUCUCUGAAGCUUUGAGAGAUCAGAUUAUUGAGUUACAGAGCAGCUCCAGCAGAGUUUGUUUAUUAAAUCAGACUAAUUAAAUUGUCAGUCAUUUUUACUGAGUUUAUUUUUGUGAACAGCAGAGAGACACAUUUGAGGACAUGAUUAUAAUGAGGCCAUACAGACCUAAAGUCAGGUUCUCAAAAGACAAAACAGAUAGUCUUUUGUGUUCUGUUCAGUGGGUUUAAGUAACUAAACGUCAGUCUGUGCUGCGUUGUGAAUGCGCGUGUGUGUGAGCAGGUCUCCCGACGCUGGAUCCGUUUCCUCCCCUUCUGAUGCGGACACAUCGCCAGCGAGCGCGUCCUCUCUGCUGUGGCGCGUGCUCUGGUUCGCGCUGCCCCUCCAGUUCUUCCUGCUCCUGCUGGUGGUCUUCGCCUUCCUGCUGCCGCUCUCCGAGGAGGACUACUGCGCUCAGUCCAACAACUUCGCUAACUCCUUAUACCCGAUGCUGAGCUACACUAACGGACCACCUCCAGUGUAGGCUGGGCGACUGACACAGCAUUUAAUUCCAGUAUUAGUACAUGAGUAUGACCUGAAUUGAAAUCACGUUGGUAUCCUCAAAUGGCCAAUUACAUGGGAAGCAAAAAUCUAUCUCGGUCAUCCAUUUGCACUGCAAAAAAAUCAGCGGCCAUCUACAGACAAUAUCUAGGUGUGUAGCACAUAGAAUCAAGCAUCUCACUAUGUUACUCUGUGUAAAGCCGUGUCGAAUAAGGACUAUCUUUGGUGUAACUAAACUGAAGAGACUACGUUUGCCCACAGUGGACAUUUCUGGAUGAACUGAAGAUCAAAUCAGCCGUGUAUACAUGUUUGUAUUUCUCUGAAGAGGUCUGUCAGCGAUUGGCACCAAAGUUAAAUGCUGGAAAAUUAGCCUGUGAAUUUGCUUGUAACUCGAAAAUUUGUAAGAAAAAAAAUAACAAAAAAUAACAUUGAAUAUAUCUCACAUUGCAAUAUUUUUUUACCUGUAUUUUGGCAUGCAUUUCUCAUCAUUGUUUUUAUUUACCGACAUCCUCCAUUGUGUCCGUGGUAAACAAACCGUCGUUAACUUGAGAUACAUUAACUCAUGUAAGCUUGAUCGAAGCCAAGUGCUGCGGUUUAAUACGGAAACCAGACACAAGAGAUUAACCUUUAACUGUGUUCAUUCAUGCUCUUUCUACAUUUUGCUGUUUUAUUUUUUAAACAAAAUAUGAAAUAUGACUUUAUGAUCGAGAGUUAUGAUAUACAUAGAACCACUGUAUAUUUUGUAUGACUGUCAAUUCCGUAUCAAAUGUAUAACAGUAUGAGAUUAUUAAACAUGUAAAUAUGAAUAUGAGAAAUAUAUGUAUAUGCGCCCAUGGAAAACAAUGAAUGCCAAAUCCUCUUUGUGAUAUUUGUCUUUUUAUUUGUUUU